CUCGCGGUCUCCCGUCGGCGUUGGCAGGCUCCUGCGGGGGGCGCUCUCUUUCGGCUUCCUCCCCAAGCCCCCCUCCCCGCCCCGACCGCCUCCAGCCCGCCUGCCGAUGGCGGGGAGCCCCGAUGGCUCCCUCUCCGCCCGCCCGGAGCCCCGGCAGCCUUAGGUGAACCCCGCCUCGGCCGGCGCAGGAGCAGCGGCGACGGCGGCAGCAGCAGCAGAGCCUCCGAGCUUUGUGCUGGCGGCGGCGGCGGCAAGGACGGGAGGGGGCCUGCCGGUGGCUCGGAUUGCGCCCGCCCGCCUUGGACGCCCGCAUCCCGGGCGGACCUCUCUCCCUCCGCAGCCCUCCUCCCCGCUCGGGAGCCUUAUGGGGGGUGGCAGGAAGCGCCUCUGCCCUUUCCUGCCUGCGGGGAGAACGCGGCGGCCGGGCUGGGCGCGCAGGCUCUGAGAGGCAGCCCCGGCACCAGCAACUGACCAGUGGCCUUUGCAGCAGCGGCGGCACCAGCAGCGGCGGCGGCGGCAGCCUGCCCCCCACCCCACUCCAAACAUGAGCCCCCCCUUGGGGAAAUAAGCUCCCUUUCCUCGGGGGCGCACGGAACGCCUUUCGCCCUCUUCCCCCACCCAUCGCAUCUCCCUUUCAAGCGCCCUCCGUCCGUCCGUCCCUCCCUCCGCCGGCCCGGUGCUUGGAGGCUUCUAUGAGUGUCCGCUUGGGGGGAGGCCAGCAGGAAGGUAGCCCCCCUCGCCCCCGCGGCGGCCCGGCUCCGGGAGGAGGAAGAGGAGGAGGACGAUGUCUUUGCGCACCGCGCUGGCGACGGGCAAUGAGCGCAAUGCCGAGACGGUGAGUCCCGUUUGUUUACCGGGCGCUGUGAGUGUGUGUGUGUGUGCGCGCGCGUGCAAGAACCGGUGGGGUGUGUGUGUAUGGGUGGGUGGACGGGGUGGGGUCGGGGUGCGCCGGUGGCCCCUCGUUUGGCCGGUGCGCGUGCGCGCCCGCUGGCUAGCCAGAUGGGGGGCUCGCUUUUGCGCCCCCAGCCACGGAGCUGGGCACUGCGGAAUGACUGGCAAAGGCAGGAACCUUCUCUCCACCCCACCCCCCACUGCCCCAUCCCCCAAUCACUAGGGCGGGCAGCAAAAAUCAUCACAGGCUUUUUUCUCCCAUCGAUCCGUUCCGGGACGGCUGAGCCAAGCCCGGCGUUGUUUUCCGGAGGCGGCUCUCGAGGUGACCCACCGGGCCCGGCUUCUUGGAUCUCUCUCUCCGGGGGAUGGAGCGCGCGACCCCGAGACCUCCUUCACCCUCUUCUGAUGCGGCCUGAAAACACGGGUGGAUAAGCCGCAGGGGGAGGGAGGGGGGGAUACCUCACCCUCCUAACAUUCUCCCUCGAUUUGGCAAAGGAUCCGCCCGCGAGGAAGGCCUGAUGCCAUUGGGAUGGGCAUCGUGCCCAGCCCUGAAUGCCCGUUUUGCUUCCUCUGGCCUGCUGUUGUUAGGUAACAUUUGGGUCUGGCAGCCAGGAGGUUUGGUGGCUCUGGGUUGCGGUGGUGCCUGCCGGUCAGUCGGGCAGGGUGGGCUUUCUCCCAUGCGCACACCCCCCAGGUGGGCAGUCAGUAGGGGAUAUUCGCGCGGCUGGUUGGCAGAGCCCCAGAGAGAUGCACCUGUGUGUGCAGGGGGGGUCCUCUCUGAGAAGGCAAGGGGGUUCUCCUAAUCUCUGCAGAGCUCCAUGCGGCGGCGGCUCAUUUUGAUGUGAUUCAAAGGGCCUUUGGCUGCUGUCCGUGGGGCCCCGGAGGGCAAUCCUUUGUCAGCCAUGGAGGGUUUAAGUGGGUGCUUUGGAGGCAACGUGCAGACACUCAGGCUGGGGCCUGUGUUCAGGAUCCAGGUCCCGUCCCGUCCCCCCCCGCCAUGCCAGAAGGCCCUUACACAGUGGCAGGCCUACACAGAGAGGAAGCAAGCUGUGAAGUCGAGGGAUUCUCAGCCUUCAUUCAUCUGCCUGUUGUGAACCCCCAAAAACAGCACACCAAAGGCACCCCGGAGAUUACAAGAGGAACGUUUUCCAAGCCAAUUUGUUCAGAGUGCUUGGUCUUUCUGCUCUGGGGGAAACGCUCUGUUCCAAAAUAUUAUUCUUCAAGGCUGCAAGAUGGAUGGCUACUUGGUGGAUAUUGUGUGGAGCUCUGAAUGGCCACAUAUUGACCCACAAGGUUCACACCUCCCACACACAGCUGGCAGUAGUCCCUCCCUCUGCCAAAAUAUGCCCAGUGGCACUACCAGAAUCCUUCAUCAUGGCCAGCUCUACAUCUUACUCUGAAUAUUAGGCAUUUGGCCUUCCGGAAAUUUAACACACGCAUGCACACACAAGUACCUAGCCCUUAUGAUGGCUUAGAUAAGCCAGGAAACGGAAUACAUAGCUUGAGAUCCCGGGCGCUGCAGUGUGUUUGGGUGAGAAAGCUCAGGGUGGCAGCGGCUGUUCGGGGGGGGGGGUGAGUUUCUCCUUCCCCUCCACCCGUGUGGAGCACAGGGUCCUGGGACAGGAGUCCAGAGCAGCCUUUCUCAACCUGUGGGUCCCCAGAUGUUGUUGAACCACAACUCCCAUCACCCCUAGCUAGCAAGGCCAGAGCUCAGGGAUGAUGGGAGUUGUAGUCCAACAUCUGGGGACCCACAGGUUGAGAACUGCUGGUCUAGAGGCACCUUCCUUUAGCGCAGGGGGUGAGAGAGGGCCGCCCCAGGUUAUAAGAACAUAAGAAGAGACAGGUGCUGGAUUAGGCCAGUGACUCACCCCCGUCCAGCUUACUGUUUUGACUGUGGCCAGCCAGGUGUGUCUCCUGGAAAACUCUCGAGCACAACUACAACUUUGGAGGUGUUUUUAAGCAGAGGUUAGAUGGCCGCAGGUGGUGCUGUGGGUUAAACCACAGAGCCUAGGACUUCCCGAUCAGAAGGUCGGCGGUUCGAAUCCCCAGGACGGGGUGAGCUCCCGUUGCUCGGUCCCUGCUCCUGCCAACCUAGCAGUUCGAAAGCACAUCAAAGUGCAAGUAGAUAAAUAGGGACCACUCCAGCGGGAAGGUAAACGGCAUUUCCGUGCGCUGCUCUGGUUCGCCAGAAGCAGCAUAGUCAUGCUGGCCACAUGACCCGGAAGCUGUACGCCGGCUCCCUCGGCCAGUAAAGCGAGAUGAGCGCCGCAACCCUAGAGUCGGCCACGACUGGACCUAAUGGUCAGAGGUCCCUUUACCUUUACCUUUACCUUUAGAUGGCCGCCUGUCGUGUAUGAUCUAGCUGAGAUCCCUGCAUUUCAGGGGGUUGGACUAGAUGACCCCUGGCGUCCCUUCCAGUGCCACAGUUCUGUGAUUCCAUGGCAUAACUUUCACUGAUCUUGGAAUGAAUUGCUUUGGGGUUAGGGGCUGGGAGGGGGGCACAGACCUAACAACAGUUCUCAUGGAUAGAGGGGUGAGAGAAGGAACCCCCGACAAUUUCUGCUCUUUUAAUACAACAACCCCAGUCUUAAAGCAUACGCUUUUGUUCUUACCCAGAAGUAAGUCCACUGGGUCUUACGACCAAAAAAGUAUACAAUAGGUUCUGGUUUUCGACUUUAAAAAUCUCAGGUGAGCCACGGGCUUCCUGGGCAUGUCUCUCUCAGCCUCAGUUCCCCAGCGUGCGAAAAUCGUAACGUGAGCGGCCUACCUCGCAGGCUUGUGGCAGGAAGGGACUGGAAGGGCUGUCGCUCAGUGCUUGGCGUGCAAAGGGUCCCUGGCAGCAUCUCUGGGUAGGGCUGGGAGAGAGAGCCCUUGCCUGAAACCCCCGGAGAGCCCAUCUAAUCAAUCAAGAGGGACAGAGAUGAGCCAGUGGUCCAAUUCAGCGUGAGGCGGCUUCCUCCGUUCCUCAAGAAGGAAGCGUCAUUGGCCAGGCAAGCCGCAAAUGUACAUGGUGAUGAUAAUGAAGAUAGCAGUAAUAGAAGAAAUCUGUUAUCCAGUCUGAUAGGCGUGUGAUUCCAGUUGCAUCUGGCAUGCAUGAGAGGGGGGGGGGGGAAGGCCUGUCUUCCUUCUCCCCCAGACGGUUCAUUGUGAAAUCCAGCUCUUCAGCCGUCAUGGCCCACGUGGCUUUGAACGCACAGGUGAGACCGGCUCCCAACCCAAACAACGCUAGUUCACACCUUUGCUGUUGUCAUCGGAGGCAUUUCAGGAUCUCGGGCCCCACCCUGUGCUGCUGCUGCUGCGGCGGCGGCUGUUGUUAGCCGUUCUCGCCAACAACAAGAGCUCUUCUCUGUUGCAACCACCAUCACUGCUGUGUUUCCAUGGAAGCGAAAUCCUUGCCACGGCAGCCACGUGGGCCUCGCCCCACAGCCCGUCCUCAGUGGCAGCCACGCUCAAACUCGCAGGGCGGUGGCGAGGAGAAGGGUGCCUCUGAGCAUGCGCAAAGCCCUCACUGCCGAGCUCGUCUCUGCCCGCCUGAGUUGGGGGCUUGGGGGCUCUGCAGAAACAAUCCCUGCGGGUCCCAAAGGACAGCACUGGCCACCGAUGCGGAUGGCUUUGAAAGCGGAUUGGGCAAGUUAAUGGAGGACAGGGCUAUGGUUUUCUCAGGUUUUGGGGUGGCGCUGUAGAGAAGAUGCAGUCCUGGUCCUUGCGGUUGGCAGGCGUUGCGAAGCCAGGAUGAGGCCUUUUCUUCUGCCAGAAUCAAGGGAGUGGGAACUUCCUCCUCUGUUUCAACAGCUCUGAGGCUCAAACCUUGAGAUGCAGCCAUUGACCUCAAGGAACCUCAGCUGGAGAAUAUUUCUCUCCCCGCUGACCCAUAGACCGCGGCAUGGCUGCCCACUGCUAGCGCUGACCUGCUCCUGACAUAUUUGGUUUAUCCUCCUGGCCUACUUCGCAUGGUUGUUGUAAGCAUUCCGGCGGUGGUUACGUGAAGUCUUUUACACGCGCAGAAACUGAGCAUGAAGAAGAUUAUGAUGAUGGAUCAGCGUAGGGGGCAUGUGCAAGGGCCUCCCCAGAAUUUCUUUGACCUCCCAGCCAGCAGGGAGUUGUAGUACAUCUAGAGGGUGCAGGGUUGGGGAAAUCUGAUGUCAGAUUUCUGAUGUCAACCACUGAGCCUAGGGCUUGCCGAUCGGAAGGUCGGCGGUUCAAAUCCCCGCAACGGGGUGAGCUCCCGUUGCUCGGUCCCUGCUCCUGCCAACCUAGCAGUUCGAAAGCACGUCAAAGUGCAAGUAGAUAAAUAGGUACCGUUCCGGUGGGAAGGUAAACGGCGUUUCUGUGUGCUGUUCUGGUUUCGCCAGAAACGGCUUAGUCCUGCUGGCCACAUGACCCGGAAAAACUGCGGACAAACGCUGGCUCCCUCGGCCAGUAAAACUAGAUGAGCACCACAACCCCAGAGUCGUUCGCGACUGGACUUAACUGUCAUGGGUCCUUUACCUUUAAUGUCUCUCAGCACCCUCAACAAAACUGCACUUCCCACGAUCCUUUGGGGGGAAGCGAGCCAUGGCUGUUUUGAAGUGGUGUCGUUGUGCUUUAAAGGCAUGGUGUGAAUGUGGCCGUAGACUGAGGGCAACCCACAACUGCUGCCUGCCUGUGCGCUGGGUCCUUAGCCUUGUUCCCUUGGUGGUGCAUUUAUAUGCCGCUUUGUGCCAAAAUCUCCGUGCCUCCCUUCUCCAACGAGGCGGUCGCUGUGUUGCGCUGAGUGUCGGCAACCUCCCCGCAGCGAGAGGUGACCCGAGUGCCAUACCGGUUUCUCUUGAAAUUGCAGCUGGUUUUGCGGCCUCUGCGUGCAGUUGUCUUUCGGGGUGAGGUGUCAGGGCAGGGCCCUGUUUCCUGGCCGGCCUCCCUGCUCUGUUGAUCUUCCUGAAUGAAGAAGCCGAUAGCAUUUCAUCAGUUCGGCGGAAAGCACAGCUCUCCUCCCACAACCUCGGCCAGACGCUUUGGCCGACUACCCCCCAAAUCCGCUGGGCUCCUGUUGCGGCUUGAGGGCUCCCUCUGCACGGAAACAUCCGCGGCUGUCUGGGCAGGAGAAAGCCGGAUCCUGCCCCAAGGAGACUGGAAUCCUGCGCUCAGCAGAAAUCGCGUGAGUCAAGGGAACUUAAUGGGGCCUGUUUGUUUGCUCCAGGGUUUCCCCUUUUAAUAACUGCGACGGCUUCGUAAGGAAAGCAAACCUGUACUUUUAGUUUAUUUAUUUUUUUAAAGGUGUCUCAAAAGUGGGGGCCGUUUUGAUCCCCAAGGAAAGCCCAGGGUAAAAGCGUACCUUUUUACUGGGACAGCUUAGAUUGGUGUGAGAACAUCUCAGCCCUUGAGUUGUGUUUUCCUUGGGAAGGAUGCCAAUGUUUAUAUCUCCAAAGCUAUACAAAUAUAUAUAAUUUCAGCCUUGUCUUUGCGUCUCCGAAAAAGCCAGGAGCUUUUCAAACUUUGAGCGUCGGCCGGAAUGUCUCAUCCAAGUCUUGGGAUUUGCUAGGUGACCUUUGAGUAUCACGCUGCCUCUUGAACCUCGAUCUGCAAUGUUGGCAAGGCUCCUGGACUACCCUCCAGGGCUCUACGGAGACCGUGGUGGUGUUUGUGAAGUAUGUUGAAUGCUGUGGAGUGCUCGAUGAACGCUGAAUGUGCUUGGCCUAAUCUGUGCUUCGUUCUCCAGUCCCAACCUGGUUAUUGAGUUUGGGGUGGGUUUAAAAACUCAGCAGCAACCAUGGCAGUGGAGCGGUGGUGUUGUUUAGUCAUUUAGUCGUGUCCGACUCUUCGUGACCCCCUGGACCAGAGCACGCCAGGCACUCCUGUCUUCCACUGCCUCCCGCAGUUUGGUCAAACUCAUGUUUGUAGCUUCGAGAACACUGUCCCACCAUCUCGUCCUCUGCUGUCCCCUUCUCCUUGUGCCCUCCAUCUUUCCCAACAUCAGGGUCUUUUCCAGGGAGUCUUCUCUUCUCCUGAGGUGCCCAAAGUCUUGGAGCCUCAGCUUCAGGAUCUGUCCUUCCAGUGAGCACUCAGGGCUGAUUUCCUUCAGAAUGGAGAGGUUUGAUCUUCUGGCAGUCCAUGGGACUCUCAAGAGUCUCCUCCAGCACCAGAAUUCAAAAGCGUCAAUUCUUCAGCGAUCAGCCUUCUUUAUGGUCCAGCUCUCACUUCCAUACAUCACUACUGGGAAAACCAUAGCUUUUACUAUACGGACCUUUGUUGGCAAGGUGAUGUCUCUGCUUUUUAAGAUGCUGUCUAGGUUUGCCAUCGCCUUUCUCCCAAGGAGCAGGCGUCUUUUAAUUUCGUGGCUGCUGUCACCAUCUGCAGUGAUCGGAGCGGUGUUAGAAACUCAAAUAUAUAAGCUAGGAGCCAUCUGGCUCCUUAAACCAAGGUUGCAGUUGCCAAAAAUGGAAUGUCUAGUUGCCAUUUAAGGGCAAGACGGCUCUCAAUUCUUAUUUUUUGAAUGAUGGACUGACUGUGAUUUAUUCUCAGUUAAACAUCUGGCUAGUUCAGAUGACAACCUUGAACUAGGGCACAAACUUUGAGAACUUAAAGAGGAAAAUCACUUCAUCCAGGGACAGUCCACAUAGAUAUUGGCCUAUUCCAACCUCUUUUUCUUGAUGGCAACUGCUCCUGCUCAGGCUGCACAGAAAAAGCAAUAUGGUUCCAGAAAUUCAUUCCAGUUGUGCAGAUAAUAUGUAACUGAUACAAUUCUACAGGAUAGGGUAUUAGUGUGUGCAAACAGUCCAGAUCCAAUGGUCGCCAGAUGGUGGAGAUGUUGGGCACUAUCCUGGCGCCCAGGCAUCUUCACUUGGUCCCAAGUGAUCAAGGGUAAAGGUAAAUCAUUAGGUCCAGUCGUGACCGACUCUGGGGUUGUGUGCUCAUCUCGCUCUAUAGGCCGAGGGAGCCGGCGUUUGUCCACAGACAGCUUCCGGGUCAUGUGGCCAGCAUGACUAAGCCGCUUCUGGCGAACCAGAGCAGCGCACGGAAACGCCGUUUACCUUCCCACCAGAGCUGUACCUAUUUAUCUACUUGCACUUUGACGUGCUUUCGAACUGCUAGGGUGGCAGAAGCAGGGACUGAGCAACGGGAGCUCACUCCGUCGCGGGGAUUCGAACCGCCGACCUUCUGAUUGGCAAGCCCUAGGCUCUGUGGUUUAACCCACAGCGCCACCCAAAAGCCAGGUGCAAAAUGCGUCUGGUGCCUGGCUAAUUUUGAACACUGCAGUGAAGUAAGAAUGGAGGACUCAGUACAUCACUGGGCAUGGCUGUUUGGGGCUGGGGCUUUGAGGGCAAAGUUUACUACGAGGGAAUAAUCAGGAAACUGUGGUGGCUUGGCUUGGCAAAGGGCAGGUGUGGCCUGUCAGUUUCUGAGCAUCUCCGCUUGUGUCUAGAGCAGAGACAGAUUUUUGUGGAGCUCGGCCUAUUCGCCUACACCGGGUGCUGAGCCGAAAGGGCGCUGCGACAAUGAUGUGGAAUGGAAGUCGAGAGGCAGGGGGUUGCCGAAUUUUGGCGUCUCACAGGGCGCUGCUGAAAUUUGAAAGCCCAAAGUCUGGCACUGUCCAGAGCUGUGUUCUAGGCAAAGUGUCACAGAGAUUAGGCUAAGAAGCACCAGUCUGAAACUGAAGAGGGGUAGGUGUCGCGCAGACUGUGUGUGUUGCCAACACAUAGUUAAUCUGUGGGACUCCCUCCCACUGGAGGCAGGGAUGGCCCCUAAUGUGGAUGGCUUUAAAAGAGGAUAGGACAGGGAGGAGAGUGGAAUUGGUGUCAACCAGCCAUAAUGGCUCUGCUCUGUCAGAGGCAGCGAUGUUUCCGAAUCCCUGUUGCUGGAAAGCACAGAAGGGGAGCGUUCCUCUUGUGCACGAACGCUGCUUCCUGGUUUCCCACAUCUGAAUCCUAGGCUCCAUGGGCCAUGUGCAGGAUCUUCUUACGUUCUUAAUGCUCAGUUCAAGUUCAGCUCCACCACCCCCUUCCUGGAAGAUGCCAGGACCGUGGAGAAGGAGAGAUCCCCUUCUGCGUUGUGUGAGGACCAAAAAGCUUCCUGAGCCAGCCCUCUCCUUCUCUGGGGUCCUUGCCCAUCCCCUUGGCUGCCAGGGGAAGAUCCAUCAGAUCCACCUGAACCUUGCAAUCCCCACCUGCUUUCUCCCUGCCUGAAUUGCCCAACCUGUAUAUCUUUCAGUCAAGUUACCUGUGAUUUGGCUUGGACUUGAUGAGCCUCAGGAACCCCAUUCUGCUGCUCCAUGAUUCUACGUUAGUGGAAGCUGUUUGAGUCGAUUCCGCGGCCUUUUCCAAUGUUUUGUGCCACGUCUAAUGUGCAUUUGGUUGUGUUGUUGUUUUUUGAAUUUCACACAGUGCAGCGCCUUCAAUCCUUCUCUGCCUCGCCUUGAGCAGAUUCUAAAUGAAUAAAUCCCCUCUCUCUCGCAUGCAACACAAAAGCAGCCUCCUCUUUGCACACCUGUGUGUGUGUGUGUUUUCGUCCGUCCCCUGCUGGCACCCAGCACAUCCCCUCGCCUUGCCCUCCGUUCCUUGUGGCGCACGGCGUGUUGUGUUCCAGUGCAUUAUUGAUGGGCUUUGAGGUGGAGGUUGCAGAGGAGAGUGGGGGGGUGGGCUGUGUGUGGUGCUAGGCCCCCCCCCUUUGCUAGCCUGACAGGCGUCCUUCCUCGACGUCCCACAAUGCAGCGAGGCAUUCCUGAAUAGCCUCCCGUGGGAAUGCAGAGCAAGCUUUUCAGAAAGGCCAGGCUGCGACAGCGAGCAUGUUAACAACACCAACUCUCCCACCCCCCCCCAAAAAAUCUUUUCCAGGCGGCACAAAAACCCACAAACUCCAAGAUGUGUUUUUUUUCCAGGGCUUGUGCGCCAGAUAAAUUUGGAAGCAGGUUCUCUCACCCCCUCCCUGUCACCUGCCUCCGUCUCCGGAACUAAAUUUGCCCUUUCCUUGCUGGGGAGCGAGCCAGAUUCCUGGUCUGCGCACCCCCCUGGAGACCCAGCAAGUUGCAUCCCAGAAUGCAUUGCUGCCGGCCAGCGCCGUCUCCUCUGGUUCACGUUGGCACCUGUUGACCAGGGCGCUUAAUUUGGGGAGAUCUCUAAUUCUUCCCAGUGAGUCUCUCUGUCUCUCUCUCCUUUAUUUUGAAAAAGUAAAAAAACAACCCGAAACCACCAAAAUAAGUAAUUGGGAGUCUGGAGCUUUGAUUUGGGCUGAGUUUGGCCUCUUUUGAGUAAGCCAAGGCAUGGGGCACUCCCAGAAAGAAAGAACACCUGCCUGGGUGGGAAAGGGGGCUUUUGGCUGAAUCUUAGCAGAGUCCCCUUUCGGGAAUCGCACCUGUUUUUGCUGGGAAGCGAUUCUGGUUCGAGAUGGCAAGAGACAUGGAUGGUGUCGGUUUGUUUGUUUUUUUGCUCUUGUUUCCCACUUUCUUCUCCAAAGAGCUCAAGAUUGGCGUACGUGGUUCUUCUCCCCCCUCCUCAUAUACAGUGGUACUUCGGGUUAAGUACUUAAUUCGUUCCGGAGGUCCGUUCUUAACCUGAAACUGUUCUUAACCUGAAACACCACUUUAGCUAAUGGGGCCUCCUGCUGCCGCCACACCACCGGAGCACGAUUUCUGUUCUUAUCCUGAAGCAAAGUUCUUAACCUGAAGCACUAUUUCUAGGUUAGCAGAGUCUGUAACCUGAAGCGUAUGUAACCUGAAGCGCAUGUAACCCGAGGUACCACUGUAGAUUAUGAGGGGGAGAUUUGAGGGAUGAAAUAGCAUUUCGGUCAGGCCAAGUACCCCCACCAAUUAACCUGUGAAUGCCUCCCUCCUGCCAUCCUCAACCUGGUACCUGUGGAGAAGGGCAUGAAGGCGUCGUUCUUCUUAAAGCGACCCUCUUCGUCCAAGAAGUGGGAUGGGUUGAAGUUCUCGGGGUCACUGAAGCACUCGGGGUCUUUCAGCACAGAGGUCAGCAAGGGAAUGACAUCCGUGCCCUAGAGGCAGGUGAGAGAAGGAAGGACAGAAGUGGGUCGGGAUCUGCCACAGCCUUAACUCAGAAGGCAACUGGAAGCCUCUUCAAGGUAAAGGUAAAGGGACCCCUGACCAUUAGGUCCAGUCGUGACCGACGCUGGGGUUGCGGUGCUCAUCUUUCUUUACUGGCCGAGGGAGCCGGCGUACAGCUUCCGGGUCAUGUGGCCAGCAGGACUAAGCCGCUUCUGGCGAACCAGAGCAGCGCACGGAAACGUUUACCUUCCCGCUGGAGCGGUACCUAUUUAUCUACUUGCACUUUGACGUGCUUUCAAACUACAAGGUUGGCAGGAGCUGCGACCGAGCAACGGGAGCUCACCCCGUUGCAGGGAUUCGAACCGCCGACCUUCUGAUUGGCAAGUCCUAGGCUCUGUGGUUUAACCCACAGCGCCCCCCGCGUCCCAUUAAAGUAUUAAUUAAAGAGAUUAAGUAAAAUAGUAAAAGGGCAAAAGAAAGGUGAUAUAUAAGAGUUUGGCACUAUUAACCGCUGCACCACCGUUUGGAAGAAGAGGAUGUACAGGAAAACACAUAACCAGCUCUGUCGAAAACAGAUGAAACUAGGAAUGUAGGAAUUUGCCUUAUACUGAGUACACCAUUGGUCCACAUUGAUGUGUACACUGACGGGCAGCAGAGGCGCUCCAGGAUUUGAGGCAGGGAGGCUCUGCCAGCCCUGCCGGGAGAGGCCAACGGGGUUUGAACCCGGACCUUCUACUUGCAAGGGAGAUUCUGUGUCACUCGGCCAUGUACCUUCACCUCGAAUACCAGGUGGACUUAAAAUCCACCAUGCCAUCUGCACUGCCUGUGUUUCCGCUGAGAUUUAGGUAUGUGUCCUGCUUGUUGUUGCUGGACAGAUAGCCUGUAAAUGUUGGCAUAGGCCAAAUACUAUAUAUAUAUACAGUAGUACCACCCAGAAGCAAACGUAACUAGCAAAGGCACGUCUGCGCACAUGCGCGUCACUUUUCGCCGCUUCUAUGCAUGUGCGUAACGUCAUUUUGAGUGUCUGCGCAUGCGCAAGCGGCAAAACCUGGAAGUAAUGCGCUCUGUUACUUCCGGGUUGCGGCGGAGCGCAACUCGAACGCGCUCAACAUGAAGCAUAUUCCUGUUUUAUUCCCUGUUUUAUUCUCGCAGCAACAAUUUGAGGAAGUUUAUGUUGAGAGAGUUUUUGUAUAUAUAGUGUUUAUACACACACACACACACACACACACACACACUCUCUCUCACAGUGGUACCUUGGGUUACAGACGCUUCAGGUUACAGACUCCACUAACCCAGAAAUAGUACCUCAGGUUAAGAACUUUGCUUCAGGAUGAGAACAGAAAUCGCGGUGCGGCGGCAGCAGGAGGCCCCAUUAGCUAAAGUGGUACCUCAAGUUAAGAACAGUUUCAGGUUAAGAAUGGACCUCCAGAACGAAUUAAGUACUUAACCCGAGGUUACAAUUUGAGGAAGUAUAUGUUGAGAGACUGAAGCAGGGAUUCGAAUUCAGGCCUCUCCAGUCCUAGACCAGCGCUCUAACCACUGCUACGGCUUUCUUGGGUAAGUCCUCCUAUCAGCUUGUGAAGCCAGAGCUCUGUGAUCCAGGGAACAACUCCUUGUUGCCAAAUGGAGUAUGCAGAGAUACCAAAGGGCUUAGUUCUUAAGGGCUUCAGCAGGGGUACAAAAACAUUUGCAAACUUCAGGGCCUGAGCAGAGAUUAAAGAGCAGCAGGAGGAGGCACUGCUAACUCUGGUUUUUUUUUACACAUGCCCCACAAACUUUUAUGCACUUCCUACUCUCUUUAGCCACCUCCCCCACAUUUCCUGUCUGCCCCCCACCAGCCUGAACUUCUGUAAUUCUAGUUCACAGCCUACUUCAGUGCCGAAAUGAUCAGUGUGUAGUUAACCCGUGGAACUCCCUCCCACUGGAGGCAGCGAUGGCUACCCGCCUGGAUGGCUUUAAAAGAGGACCGGGCAAAUUCACAGAGGAGGAGAGAGCUAAUCCAGUGUCCGCUUGCCAGGAUGGCUCUGCUCUGACUCUGCGGCCGGAGGCAGCAGUUGCAGGAAACCACAGGAGGAGGGGAGACUUGUGUUCGAAUCCUGCUUGAGGGUUCCCCAUGAUGGGCAUCUGGUUGGCCACAGUGAGAACUAGAUGGUCCCCCUUUGGCCUGAUCCAGUGGGAGAGGAGAUGGAGGCGUGGAAGGCAGGGUUAUUAAUAGCUCCUGGUCAUGAUGGCCGCCAGGAUCAAAGCAGUGCUAGGAACCCCAAUAUUAAAGCUAGGUUAUGGUCAACGCAACAGAAUAUCUGUUCGCCAGGGGGUUGGACUAGAUGACUCGCUGGGUCCCUUCCAACACGCUGACCACUGCACCAACCGACUAGCUAGGUCAGGGGUUGGCAACCUAAGACCUGGGGGCUAGAUGCGGCCCAAUCGCCUCCUCAGUCCGGCCUGCGGACGGUCCACGAAUCAGCAUGUUUUUACAUGAGUAGAACGUGUGCUUUUAUUUAAAAUGCAUCUCUGGGUUAUUUGUGGGGCAUAGGGAUUCGUUCAUUUCCCCCCCCAAAAUAUAGUCUGGCCCACCAAAUGGUCUGAGGGAUGGUGGACCGGCCCACGGCUGAAAAAGGUUGCUGACCCCUGAGCUAGGCCUUUGGUCUGAUCCAUCUUCUGGACUCUUCUUGAAGUCCUGUCAGGGUUUGGAGAGCAUCAUAGGCACCUGCAGCCCUCAGUUUCCUUCUCCCAAUCUAGGGUUUUUUUUACUUGAAGGAACUGAAAAGUAAUUGACAGGUGCCACUUGCAAUGAGAAAGUAACGUGGGGUGCACAUUCUGCCCGGACGCUGAGGUCCAGCGCUGAGGGCCUUCUGGCGGUUCCCUCAUUGUGAGAAGCAAAGCUAUAGGGAACCAGGCAGAGGGCCUUCUCGGUGGUGACACCCACCCUGUGGAAUGCCCUCCCUUCAGAUGUCAAGAAAAUAAACAACUUUCUGACUUUUAGAAGACAUCUGAAGGCAGCCCUGUACAGGGAAGUUUUUAAUGUCUGACAUUUUAGUGUAUUUUUGGUCUCUGUGGAAGCCGCCCAGAGUGGCUGGGGAAACCCAGCCAGAUGGGCGGGGUACAAAAAAUAAAUGAUGAUGAUGAUGAUGAUUAUGAAGUUCACUGUGCAGAAUGGAGCAGGCUUUUGGUGGUUCCAAUUUUUUAAAAUCAUUUUUAUUAAUAUUCCAGUUAAAAACAUCCAAUUAAUAUAUCCACUCAUAAUCCAAUUAAAAUAAAAAACUAAAAUAAAAAAGACCAAAUUAUAAUUAUUGAUUUUUCGGAGCUCCCCAUAGUCUGGACCUCUGAAGCAUAUCUCCACAUCUCAGUCCUGUCUCUCCUUGGUGGUUGCAAGUUACCCCACUUAAUUUAUGGCUUUGGGGAGUACUGCCGUGGGCACCAAAGGCGGCACCUCCUGGCCCCCAGACAAGUUGCCAUCUUAUCAGCCGCUUCCUCCCAAAGCAAUCUCCGCUGCCCCAGAGCACGGUGCGUAAUGGGUCACAGAAAGGCGCUUUGUUCUCAUUGGAAACAAGUAAACCGAAGAGUUGCGCAUCGUUGAGGCUGCUUCUUCCCAGAAAACCUUCACUGCUGGUGGGAAAAUGGUCUCUUGAAACCCCCCAGGGCCCGUCGGCUGAGCAAAAUGCAAAGCGUAGUGUGGCCUUCUGCAUCACAGAGAGAAUCUCUUAUGCUCCCCCCGCCCCAAAAAAAUCCCAGGCAAGCAGAAAAAAAGGCGAGGUUAUUUAUUUAUUUCUGUAUUGCAUUUAUAGCCCACUUCCCCCCCUCCAAGGAGCUCAAGGUGAGCGCACAUCGCUCCCCUCCUCCCCAUGACAUUCUCACAACAACCCUGUGAGGUAGGUUAGGCUGAGAGAUGCAGUGACGGGCAUCACCUAGGCCACCCAGUCAGUUUCAUGGCCUAAAUUGUGCGUGGGGCAGGAUUUGAACUCUGCUCUCUCCCAAGUCCUAGUCCGACUCUAACCACUGCCCCACACUGGCUCUCAGUGGCUGGUAGGCUGUGCCCGGCUUGGUGGGCACCACCUUGGGCAGGCCUGGGUACAGUCAUACCUCAGGUUACAGCUGCUUCAGGUUGCGUUUUUUCGGGUUGCGGACUGCCGAAACCUGGAAGUACCAGAAUGGGUUACAGUGGUGUCCCGCAAGACGAAUGCCUCGCAAGACGAAAAACUCGCUAGACGAAAGGGUUUUGCGUUUUUUGAGUCGUUCCGCAAGACGAAUUUCCCUAUGGGCUUGCUUCGCAAGACGAAACGUCUUGCGAGUUCUUGCGAGUUUGUUUCCUUUUUCUUAAAGCCGCUAAGCCAUUAAUAGCCGCUAAUAGCCGCUAAGCCGCUAAUAGCCGUGCUUCGCAAGACGAAAAAACCGCAAGACGAAGAGACUCGCGGAACGGAUUAAUUUCGUCUUGCGAGGCACCACUGUACUUCUGGGUUUCGGUGGUUGCGCAUGUGCAGAAGCGCUAAAUCACACUUUGCACAUGCGCAGAGGUGCCGAAUCGCAACCCACGCAUGUGCAGACUCAGGUUGUCCACUGUAUUGGUAAAGGGGCAGGUGUCUCAGGCCAUGCACAGAGGUAAUAGAAUCAUCGAAUUGUACGUUUGGAAGGGUCCCCAAGGGACAUCUAGUCCAGCCCGCAGGAAUCUCAGACAGAUGGCCAUCCUCCCUCUGCUUAAAAACAUUCCCACGAAGUCCAUUUCCCUGUCCAACAGACUCCCUCGGAAGGUAGUCUUCUCCCUCCCAAGACAGCCACCAAGGACAGACUCCGCACCACCAGACAAAUUAGAUGUAGCUGAGAUUUCGGAACAGGUGUAGGCCCCGGUACCUCCCUCUGGGGACUCAGUGGCUGAACAGCUGCUUGGCAUGUAGAAAGCCACAAACUCGAACUCUGGCAUUUGUAGUGAUGCAAUCUCACUUUGCAAGUCUGGCAAAGACCCUCCAUCUGCAAGAGACCCCAUGGAGCCUGUGGGAGCAAGCAGUUCUGGACUUGAUGGACCAGUGGUACGAGUCAGUAUGACAACAGCAACACAGCUAUCCCUGCUCUGUUUAGCUGGUAGGGUCAUAGUCUAUUAUUAUUAUUAUUAUUAUUAUUAUUAUUAUUAUUAGAACAGGACACUCUAGCGCAAGUUAUCUCAUUAGUUAUCUCUCGCUCUAAUGCGAGUUAUCUCAUUAGUUAUCUCUCGCUUGGACUACUGCAAUUCGCUCUAUGUGGGGCUACCUUUGAAGGUGACUCGGAAACUACAACUAAUCAAGAAUGCGGCAGCUAGACUGGUGACUGGGAGAGGCCACCGAGACCACAUAACAUCGGUCCUGAGACCACCUAUAUUGGCUCCCAGUACGUUUCCGAGUACAAUUCAAAGUGUUGGCGCUGACCUUUAAAGCCCUAAACGGCCUCGGUCCAGUAUACCUGAAGGAGCGUCUCCACCUCCAUCGUUCUGCCUGGACACUGAGGUCCAGCACCGAGGGCCUUCUGGCGGUUCCCUCACUACGAGAAGCCAAGUUACAGGAAACCAGGCAGAGGGCUUUCUCGGUUGUGGCACCCACCCUGUGGAAUGCCCUUCCAUCAGAUGUCAAGGAAAUAAACAACUAUUUGACUUUUAGAAGACAUCUGAAGGCAGCCCUGUUUAGGGAAACUUUAAUGGUUAAUUGUUGUUGUUUAGUCGUGUCCGCCUCUUCGUGACCCCCUGGACCAGAGCACGCCAGGCACUCCUGUCUUCCACUGCCUCCCGCAGUUUGGUCAAACUCAUGCUGGUAGCUUCGAGAACACUGUCCCACCAUCUUGUCCUCUGCCAUCCCCUUCUCCUUGUGCCCUCAGUCUAAUAGGUUAUUGUAUUUUAGUGUUCUGCUGGAAGCUGCCCAGAGUGGCUGGGGAAACCCAGCUGGAUGGGUGGGGUAUAAAUAAUAAAUUAUUAUUUUUAUUAUAAUGGAACCUCCAGGUCCAGAGGAAGUCUAGAUAGACUUAUUCUGGACCUGGAGGUUCCAUCAUAAUAUAGUUCUAGGCUCUUAGGGGUAUUUGGCCACUGUGAGAAAGGGAUGCUGGAGUAGCAGCCAGGCUCUUUGUGGGUUCUUAGGCCAAGGAGAACGGCUGUUCUCUCUCGGGUUCAUCAGCACCUGCCCUCCCGAUAGGCCCAUGGCAAGAGGGGCGCACGCCCUGAGCUCAGGAUCGGCUCUAUGAACCAUCAGCGGAGGAAGAUGCUGCCGUUCUUUCCCCAGGAAGGAGCUGCUAGCUGCAGAGUUUUACGGUGGGGGGGGGGUUCCCCAGGAGACUGCAGCGAGUUUUCGGGGAGCUCAGAGAGGUCGUGGCCGCAGCUGCCACAACCAGUGGAGCCGUCCUGGCAGUGGUCUUAAGAACCACCCUUGUGCAGUUAAGAGGCUGCCGGCUGGGUGCACGGCUAGGUGACCUGUGUGAUGCAAAGGCUUCCUUCCUUGUACCUUUGUGUGAUGUUACUGACCUCUGAAUGCUCCCCAGUCCCCACCCUGUUUCUCUGCCACCUGCAAAAGCAGCAACACCAGCCAGUUGCAGCUGUCACGAUGGCUUGAUUCUGCCAAGCCCUGCCUUAAGCUGCCCUUGCAAGAGCUGAGGUGCGUGGCUGCUCAGGAUUAGCAAAGUUGCUUCGCAAGUGAGCCUUGUGCUGGCUGUUAGGUAUAUGCAGAGAGAGAGAGGUGGACUUAAAACACAAGGAAAUAAAAAGUCACUCUCCAGUGUAUCUGCCAGUCACCGAUUUAUCCAGCUCAAUUUACUUCGCGGUCGAUACACAAAUAUGUCACUGUGACUUAAUACACAACAAUUGCCUUUUUAAGAAAGUGAGAUUUCAGAAUCUCUGGCUUUAAGUGUUGCUUUACAUGAUUAUGUGUAUUUCCCCCCCUAGCAUUUUUAAUGAUGAUGUAACAGAAGCCGCGGGACGCGGGUGGCACUGUGGGUUAAACCACAGAGCCUAGGACUUGCCGAUCAGAAGGUCGGCGGUUCAAAUCCCCGCGACAGGGUGAGCUCCCAUUGCUCGGUCCCUGCUCCUGCCAACCUAGCAGUUCAAAAGCACACCAGUGCAAGUAGAUAAAUAGGUACCGCUCUGGCAGGAAGGUAAACGGCGUUUCCGUGCGCUGCUCUGGUUCGCCAGAAGCAGCUUAGUCAUGCUGGCCACAUGACCUGGAAGCUGUAUGCCGGCUCCCUCGGCCAGUAAAGCGAGAUGAGCGCCGCAACCCCAGAGUCGGCCACGACUGGACCUCUAAUGAUCAGGGGUCCCUUUACCUUUACCUUUAACAGAAGCUGCAUGUGGAAGAUUCCACACAGAUAAAAUAGAGCAUGUAGUUAAACUGCGGAACUCCCUGCCACCAGCCUAGAUGGCUUUAAAAAGAGGAUGAGACAAAUUCAUGGAGGAAGAGAGGGCUAUCGAAGGUUACCAGCCAGGAUGGAUAUCCUCUGGCCUCCACAGUCGGAGGCAGCAGCGCAUCUGAAUACCAGUUGCUAGAAAGCCCAGUGCUCAAAUCCUGAUGGCCAGGUUCCCAUCAGGGCAUCUGGUUGGCCACCGUGAGACCAGGAUCCUGGAUUCGAUUGGCCUGUGGCCUGUUUUUGUGUUCUCCUUUCCCUCCUUUUCCAAACACAUUUAGGAACAGGAUGAUGAUAAUAAUAGUAGUAAUAAUAACAACAACAACAACAACAACAAUAAUUAUUAUUAUUAUUAUUAUUAUUAUUAUUAAUAAUAAUAAUAAUUUGUUAUUCUUUAUACCCCACCCAUCUGGGUGGGCUUCCCCAACCACUCUGGGCGGCUUCCACAAAGACCAAAAAUACACUAAGAUGUCACACAUUAAAAACUUCCCUUCAGAUGUCUUCUGAAUGUCAGGUAGUUGUUUUUCUCUUUGACAUCUGGUGGGAGGGCGUUCCACAGGGUGGGCGCCACUACCAAAAAGGCCCACUGCCUGGUUCCCUGUAACUUGGCUUCUUGCAAUGAGGGAAUCGCCAGAAGGCCCUCGGCGCUGGAUCUCAGUGUCCAGGCUGAGUGAUGGGGGUGGAGACGCUCCUUCAGGUAUACUGGACAGAGGCCGUUUAGGGCUUUAAAGGUCAGCACCAACACUUUGAAUUGUGCUCGGAAACGUAUCGGAUGGGAGUGAGUAGCCUUGGGACUGGGAUUGUCAGCCACAGACCACGAGCCUCUGAGCAGAGCCGCCACUGAGACGGCUUGCUUUGAAAAUAACCAUUGCAAGGAUGGCUAACCCUCCCUUUGUCUGCCCAGCCCGUAACUUCUUGCUGCUACUGAUGUCUUGCAGGCUGGCCUUGUGGAGAGCAGCAACGGGCUCCGGGCUCCAAGUCCAGGCCCUGAUCCUUCACACAAACGCUCUUGUGGCAUUUACCGUCCUCCGCUGUGUGGCGAGCAGAGCGACUGGUGGCUGCACCAGCAAAGCUUGCCUCCCUGCGCCGGGUCUGCCUUCUCCACCACGCUCAGAGAAAGCGCCUUCUGAGGCAGAAAAAUGCGCCUCCCGGCUCUCUCGUUCGGUCCACUCAAGGAAGAAAUGGGGCAGAAAAGGGUUCCUUUGUGUGUGCGGAGAAGGGAAGGCCAGUGUGUGUGUGUGUGUGUGUGUGUGUGUGUGUGAUGCAAUGUGUCCUUUUGAGACAAAAUUUGCUUGCACAGAUUCCUGUGGUCUUACCGGGGACGCUGACAACAUUUCCAUUUACGGUUCCUGCUGGAAUAAUAGCAGUUUUGGAAGGGGCGAAUCUUGUCCGAUUCACGCUUGCCUGUUUUGAAACUAGGCAGCAGGUUUCAUAGAGUUGUAGCUUUGCAAGCCACCCAAAGGACAUCUAGUCCAACCCCUUUGCAAUGCAGGAAAUGUUGCCAUCCUCUCAUUCCCUAAGGAGUAUCGAAAGGGCGCCUGCUCCCACUCAGCCCUUGAGGUCGUUCCUUCGGGGGGGAGUGGCUCCCCACCCGCUGAGGGGUUCCAGCGAGAUUUUGUGAGAUUUUGGGGCCAACCUGAAAAAAAAAUAUUUCAUUUCCCCCAGCCAAUUUGGCCAACAGUGAUGUGGCUUUAUCUGCCUCCUGUGUUUAUAGCUUUUAAUAGAGGGCUCUCCAUCACUGGAGAUUUGCAAGCAGAGGUUGGACGGCCACCUGUCAGGGUUUAUUUGUGAUUCUUGCAUUGCACAGGUUGGACUAGAUGGCCCUUGGCUUCCCUUCCACGAUCCUGUGAAUAUGAUUUUUAAUGCUGCGUCGACUGCUGACAUUCCUUUUGCUUUCCAAUUGUGGUACAAGGGCCUUGUUAGCCGCUUUGAAACCCUGUUUUAGAAAACCAGGUAUAAAUACGUAAGUGGUUUUAAAAUAGGAUUAGGCUGAUUAAUUCGGGAUAAGGCUAUCGAUGGCUGCUCACCACAAUGGCUGUGUUCUGCCUACCUGGCCCGUCAGAGGAGGGGAGGAGUCACAGGUGAGAACAGAAUGCUGGAUUAGAUGGUUGAGCCAUUGGCUUGAUCCAUCCAACAGGCUCCUCUCAGCUUCUCAUGCCAAUCAAUCAAUCAAUCAAUCAAUCAACCAUUUUAUUAUACGGUCACACACCUGCUAACAAAUUCUUACAUCCCCAAGUUGGAUUUCUGAGAUCCAGCUUCCCCCCCCCCCCAACCUGGUACUUUGCCCUCUUAGUGCCAUGGGGGGGUUGGGGGUUUGUCUAGUCCAGGCACCCCCAAACACAGCCCUCCAGUUGAUUUGGGACUACAGUUCCCAUCAUCCCUGACCACUGGUCCUGUUAGCUAGGGAUGAUGGGAGUUGUAGUCCCAAAACAGCUGGAGGGCUGAGUUUGGGGAUGCCUGGUCUAGGCCUUUGGAAGCAUCAACAUGAGCAGGUUCUGGGCUCAGCGAAGGGUGAAGGGGAUGGCUGUCGUUUAAUUUGAUUAGGUGGCAGGGACAGAGAGCGCAUUUGAAGAUAUCUAGCGGCCAUAAUGCAGUUUUGGGUGGGAAUACUCCGCAGUGAUUCAGCAGUGGGGUUAAUGCAUAGCUGUCAACUUACAGAUUUGAAAAUAAGGGACCAGCAGCCUUGAAAAUAAGGGACCAGCAGCCAAAAUAAGGGACCUGCAGCCUCACCUGUUCCAGGCACUCCAGUCUUCCUGUCCUCCUGCAGUCUGGUCAAACUCAUGCUGGUAGCUUCAAGAACACUGUUCAACCAACUUUGUAACCAGAGGUUCAACUGAAUAGAAUCUGAAUCACAUGCACCACAAGGCCUAUGCAGCCUCAACUUAAGAUGGCUCCCCAGCCUGGCUUUGCACUGCAAAGUUUGCAGCAGCACAUGCAACAAAAUGGCGUCCAGCAUUCAAAAACUCCAUCAGCUUGCAUUAACUAGCCACACACAAGGCAUGCAAGCUCCACGCCCCAGUCGUUCUUAGACUUCUUAUUGGGUGAGCAACACAGCCAAGCAACACAGUUGGAGCCUCCCUCCUCCCUGGCUGGCAGGGAGGAAGGAAGAGCAGCUGCUUCCUUUGAAAUUUAAGGGACAUUUAAGGGAAAUCCAUCAAUAAGGGACAGCAGCGGGACAUGGCGCUGGAAUAAGGGACUGUCCCUUCAAAUAAGGGACACUUGACAGCUAUGGGUUAAUGGCAUUUGGGGGGUCAUUUAUCUGCCCGGAGGCAUAGAAUGAAGAGCGACUGCUGGCAAGUACUGGUCAGACUCCUAGGACCGACCCCCUCAGACAGCAACUGCUGGAGGGGGGUGGACCUGUUGACAACCCCCCCUCCCAGCCGUUCCUCCUAACUUCCCUGUCAAUUGUGCAUGGUUAGGGGUCAGAGUAAGGCUACCCCACCACCAGGGCUGAAAGAAGAUGCAACUGCUGGUCCAGUUGGCUUCCGCAUGUGGAAUUGAGAACGGGUGGGCACCAUCUUGCCCUUCUCAGGGAGCAAAACACCCUGGGCUGACACUUCUUCCUCCACAUUUUCCAUAGUUCAGCUUGGACUACUGCAAUGCGCUCUAUGUGGGGCUACCUUUGAAGGUGACCCGGAAACUACAACUAAUCCAGAAUGUGGCAGCUAAACUGGUGACUGGGGGCGGCCGCCGAGACCACAUAACACCGGUCUUGAAAGACUUACAUUGGUUCCCAGUGUGUUUCCGAGCACAAUUCAAAGUGUUGGUGCUGACCUUUAAAGCCCUAAAUGGCCUCAAAGGCCCAGUAUAUUUGAAGAACGGUCUCCACCCCCAUCGUUCUGCCUGGACACUGAGGUCCCGCUCUGAGGGCCUUCUGGCGGUUCCCUCAUUGCAAGAAGCCAAGUUACAGGGAACCAGGCAGAGGGCCUUCUCGGUAGUGGCACCCGCCCUGUGGAAUGCCCUCCCAUCAGAUGUCAAAGAGAUAACUACUUGACGUUUAGAAGACAUCUGAAGGCAGCCCUGUUCAGGGAAGUUUUUAAUGUGCAACAUUUUAAUCUUUGUUGGAAGCCGCCCAGAGUGGCUGGGGAAGCCCAGCCAGAUGGGCGGGGUACAAAUAAUAAAUUAUUAUUAUUAUUGGAUCCUGCUUGCAGGUUUCCUACUAGGGCAUCUGGCUGGCCCCUGAGGGAACACGAUGCUGGACUAGAUGUCCUCUGGCCUGAUCCAGCAGCCUCUUCAGGUGGCCCCACCCUGCCUGGGUUGGUAGACACAUAGUUCAGUCCAUAGAGUGCCAGGCUCUUAAUCUUAGGGUAGAUUAAUGCCACGUAGAGCGCAUUGCAGUAGUCCAAGUGGGAGAUAACCAGAGCAUGCACCACUCUGGCAAGACAGUCCAAGGGCAGGCAGGGUCUCAUCCUGCGUACCAGAUGGAGCUGGCAGACAGCUGCCCUGGACACAGAACGGACCUGCGCCUCCAUGGACAGCUGUGAGUCCAAAAUGACUCCCAGGCUGUGCACCUGGUCCAUCAGGGGCACAGUUACCCCAUUCAGGACCAGGGAGUCCUCCACACCAGCCCGCCUCCUGUCCCCCAAGAGCUCUCUCAUUUUCUGUGAUUUCCAGCAACUGGGAUUCAGAAGCAUUUCUGCCCCCUCCUUCUCCAUGAAUUUGCCCUUUCCUCUUUUAAAGCUGUCUAGGUUGGUGGCCAUCACUGAAUCCUGUGGCAGGGAGUUCCACUGUUUAAUGUUUAGCCAAAAUACGAACGUUGAGCUGGAAUCUGGUUCCCUGCCACGUUCGCCCUCUCUUGGUUCUCCUUCUGCCCCCGGAGGGCAACCCAGAGGGGCAAGCCUGCUCUUGCCCUGUGCUGGGGCGAACGGGGAGGGUCUCCUUGUGUCGUGGCAGCAGAUUCGAGACCGAGGAAAGGAAAUUCGGGUGCCGCGAAACCAAGUCAUCUCCUACAGGACGUCGUGGCGGCUGCUUCCUUUGGUGGCUCUCUCUUGAAAAAAUGUAGACAAAGUCAUAAAGGACAAUGUCUGUCGAUGCCUAUUAGUCAUGAUGGCUAAGAAUAGAACCUCUGUAUCCAGAACCAGUAUACCUCCCACAUCAAGUGGGCUUGCGUUUGGCUGCUUUUACUUCCUGCUGUUGUUUCAAGGGAUGUUUUUAACUGUUAAUUGAUGGUUUCGUCUUCGUCCGCCCCUUUGAGCUCUUGGAGGAGAGGCAGGGGAUAAAUGUGUUAAAUAUUCCCUCCCCCCCAAUCUUAAUCGUCUGUUUCCUAGCCCAAACUUAGCCCAACCUUUUCAACUAUUCCUCCGAGGACUUCAGGCCUCGUCUAUUCUGGUCUCCCUCCUUCUCACAAGUGUUGACAGGCAGCUACAAUGAGGAGACAGGCUCUACCAGGGUUUCUCUUUCCUGUGCCCCCCCCCAAAAAAAUACAUGUAGGGUUGCCAACAUUUUUGCUCGCUUUGCUCCUGUGCUGUUGCCAGCUGCCUGAGAUGCAGAUAGUUUAGCAGGCGAAGCUUUUCCUGGCCGCUUUUCUCUGUGCCUCGAAAAGUUUCACUUGCUGAACUGUCAACAUCUAAGGCUGCUUUUAAAGCCAGCUGAGCAGAACCCACUAAAUAAAAUAAAAUAAAAUCAACUUCGCAACUAUGUGGUCUUGCGGCAAACCAAGCAGGAGAGGACUGCGGUGCAGGGGGUGGUGGUUUAGAUGACUCUUGGGGUGCCUCUGUGAUUCUGUGACUGUCCUGGGUUUUUAUAGGGGCAAAGACGAGCCCUCGGUUUAUCUGCCAGGCUUCUACCGAAGCCUCCUUUUGCUUGUUCAAACAAGUUCGAAAGUGGGAUGGAACGUAGAUGUGAAUCUAUGCCUUGGUUCUAGUCCAGGGGUCAGCAAACUUUUUCAGCAGGGGGCCGGUCCACUGUCCCUCAGACCUUAUGGGGGGCCAGACUAUAUUUUGAAAAAAUAAAAAAUAAACAUGAACAAAUGCCUAUGCCCCACAAAUAACCCAGAGAUGCAUUUUAAAUAAAAGGACACAUUCUACUCAUGUAAAAACACGCCGACUCCCAGAACGUCCGCGGGCCGGAUUUAGAAGGCGAUUGGGUCGGAUCCGGCCCCCGGGCCUUAGUUUGCUUAUCCAUGUUCUAGCCUAACCCUCACCCUCACCAGAUGUUUGGAACUACAACUCCCAUCAGCCCUAAUUGGCAUGCCCAGAGGCAUGAUGGGAAUUGUAGUCCAACAACAGCUGAAUGGAACCAGGAUGGGAAAGACUCCCCUGCUGCCAAUGGGCAUAAUGGACUCAUAGAAUUGCAGGGCUGGAGGGGACCAGGAGGGUCAUCUAGUCCAACCCGCUACAAGGCAGGAUUUUUUUUUUUUGCCCAACAUGGGGCUCGAACUCACAACCCAAAGAUUAAGAACUCCAUGCUCUGCCGCCCGAGCUAUAAUCAAGAGGCAGCUGUGAGGUGGAGGCUUCAAGGCCUUUGGGGAUGUUCGUGUGACUUGUGACUUUGUAUGCUGAAGGCUGCGGGUUCAACCUCCGGAUAGGGCUUCAAAAAAAGUCCUCUUCUGCCUGAAACCCUGGGGAGCAGCUGCCAGUCUGGGUAAGCAUCACUGGGUUCGAUAGGCAGUGUGGUGCAGUGGUGAGAGUGUUGGAGUAGGACCUGGGAGACUGUUGUUGUUUAGUCGUGUCUGCCUCUUCGUGCCCCCUGGACCAGAGCACGCCAGGCCCUCCUGUCUUCCACUGCCUCCCGCAGUUUGGUCAAACUCAUGCUGGUAGCUUCGAGAACACUGUCCCACCAUCUCAUCCUCUGUCGUCCCCUUCUUCUUGUGCCCUCCAUCUUUCCCAGCAUCAGGGUCUUUUCCAGGGAGUCUUUUCUUCUCCUGAGGUAGCCAAAGUCUUGGACUUCCAGUGAGCACGCAGGGCUGAUUUCCUUCAGAAUGGAGAGGUUUGAUCUUCUUGCAGUCCAUGGGACUCUCAAGAGUCUCCUCCAGCACCAGAAUUCAAAUGCAUCCAUUCUUCGGCGACCGGCCUUCUUUAUCACUGCCUUGCCGUGGCGAAGGGGCUUGAGUAACUUAGAGGAGCUAUGAGCUAUGCCGUGCAGGGCCACCCAAGACGGACAGGUCAUAGUGGAGAGUUUUGACCAAAUGUGAUCCACCUGGAGCAGGAACCGGCAAGCCACUCCAGUAUCCCUGCGAAGAAAACUCCAUGGACAGAGACAACGGGGAUAUAAAUACAAUUAAUAAACGAAUAAUAGCAGAGGGACGUGAUUGAUGGCAGCUUCCUUGGGCAGGAAAAAAAGAAAGCAGUGCAGAGUUGAACUGUGGAACUCACUGCCACAGGAGGAGGCAGGGAAGGCCGCCAACCCAGAUAGCUUUAAAAGAGGAUUAGUGGGGAGUGCUACCGAUGGCUACCUGCCAUGAUGCCAAUCUGCAGUUGGAGGCAGCCGUGCUUCCGAAUCGCAGUUUCCGGAAUCCACAAGAGGGAGCAGAGUAGAGUGGUCCUGUGUUUGAGUCCUGCUUUCUGGUUUCUCCCAGGCACCUGGCUGGUCGCUGGGCCAUUGGCCUGAUCCUGCAAGCUCUUCACUUGCAUCUCCUGGGGAAAACCUGAGUGCUGGGUCCCUGCUCCCUGCUCAGGGUGGCAAGUGGUGCAUCUCUGAACCUGGCCAGGAUCCAGCUCCUAAUAAGCACUUUCCCACCUUUCGACAAGCUUCCCUCGGAUGGGACAAAAGGGGACCCGCCUUUUCUCUUUCCUGUGAGCUUUGUGGCUGUGCCCUGCCUUUCAGGUUGGUUUUCAUACCAACCCACUCUCUUUGCACGCCAAUUUUUGAAAGAGCCAGGCUUGCCUUCCACAGGCCUGGAUUCAUAACUGGUUGGUGGAGAUUUUUCUUCCCCCUUUCCGCAGACAAGGCUGAGUCAAAAGGAGCGAAGCGGUCGGUUGGCAAACCCACUGGGGAUCAGGGUGUGUGUGUGUGCGCGCCUUUCUCAGCUGCCACUCCAGAAAGAGCAAAACUUCAUUCAAGCAACUCAGCAGUCUGGCACUCUGAGGUUGCCAUGGUCUCUAUCGUGGGUAGGCAAACUAAGGUCCGGGGGCCGGAUGCGGCCCAAUCGCCUUCUCAAUCCGGCCCACGGACGGUCCGGGGAUCAGCAUGUUUUUACAUGAGUAGAACGUGUGAUUUUAUUUAAAAUGCAUUUCUGGGUUAUUUGUGGGGCCUGCCUGGUGUUUUUACAUGAGGAGAAUGUGUGCUUUUAUUUAAAAUGCUCAUUUUAGAGCAUUUUAAAGCAUUUAGAGAUUUUAUUUAAAAUCUCUGGGUUAUUUGUGGGGCAUAGGAAUUCAUUCUUUUUCCCCUUCAAAAUAUAGUCCGGCCCCCCACAAGGUCUGAGGGACAGUGGACCGGCCCCCUGCUGAAAAAGUUUGCUGACCCCUGGUCUCUAUGGCCAAGGCAGUGCGCUCCACUUGUUGCUGAACUGCAUCUCUCUUCACCCCUGACCAUUGAGCAUGUGCUGCCUGGGGCUUAUGGGAACUGGAGUCACAUGGAAGAGGGAACAAGCUUGUUUUCUGCUGCUCUGGAGGGUAAGACUUGAACCCGUGGCUUCAAGUAACAAAAAGGGAGAUUCUGAUGAAACAUCAGGAAGAGCUUUCUGACAGUAGGAGCUGUUUGACCGUUCGAUGGAAGGUGGUGGACACUCCUUCCCUGGAGGUUUUUAAGCAAUCGUUGGGUGGCCAUCUGUCAUGGAUGCUUUAGCUGAGAUCCCUGCAUUGCCGGGGGUUGGACUGGAUGACCUUUGGGUGUCCCUUCCAACUACAGUUUUGUAGCUCUAUGAUUCUAGCUGCCCAUGAAUGAAUGGAGCUGCAUGCCGGGAGAUUCGGAACAGAUAAAAGAAAACCCUUCUUCACACAAUGUGUAGUUAAACUGUGGAACUCCCUGCCACUGUAGGCAGUGAUGGUCACCAGCUGGAUGGCUUUAAAAGAGGACAAGACAAACUCAUGGAGGAAAAAGCUGUCAAUGGCUACUAGCCGCAAUGGCUAUGCUGUGGUCAGAGGCAGCAAUGCUUCUUAAUACCUACGGGACCGCCUCUCCUGGUAUGCCCUGCGGAGGACCUUAAGGUCCACAAAUGACAACAUUUUGGAGGUCCCAAGUCGCAAGGUGGUUAGGCUGACCUCAACUAGGGCCAGGGCCUUUUCAGUACUGGCCCCGACUUGGUGGAACGCUCUGUCACAAGAGACCAGGGCCCUGCAGGACUUGACAUCUUUCCGCAGGGCCUGCAAGACAGAGCUGUUCUGCCUGGCCUUUGGCUUGGACUCAGUCUGACCCUUAUGUUUCCCUCCCCUUAUGGUCUUGAUCUAUGGGCUACUUUUAAAAUGAGGUUGCAUUUAAAUGGCAUUUUAACCUGUAUUUUAAAUUGGCCCCCCACACACUAUGUUUUUUACUGUGAUUUUAUUGGUGUUAGCCACCCUGAGCCCGGCUCUGGCCGGGGAGGGCAGGGUAUAAAUAAAAUUUAAUAUUAUUAAUAUUAAUAUCUGUUGCUGGAAACCGAAGGAGGGGAGUGUUGGUCUUGUGUUCAGGUCCUGCCUUAGGGGUUCCCUUUGAGGCAUCUGAUCGGCCAUUUGUGAGAACAGGAUGCUGGACUAGAUGGGCCAUUGGUCUGAUCCAGCAGCGUCUUUUGAUGCUCCUAAGCUUAUUUUUCCCAUCUGAGGUUUAACCCAAAGUACCCGUGGGAGAAAGGGGAUGCGGGUGGUGCUGUGGGUUAAACCACAGAGCCUAGGACUUGCCGAUCAGAAGGUCGGUGAUUCGAAUCCCCGUGACGGGGUGAGCUCCUGUUGCUCGGUCCCUGUUCCUGCCAACCUGGCAGUUCGAAAGCACGUCAAAGUGCAAGUAGAUAAAUAGGUACCACUCCGGCGGGAAGGUAAACGGCGUUUCCGUGCACUCCUCUGGUUCGCCAGAAGCGGCUUGGUCAUGCUGGCCACAUGACCCGGAAGCUGUACGCCGGCUCCCUCGGCCAAUAAAGCGAGAUGAGCACCGCAACCCCAGAGUCAGUCGCAACUGGACCUAAAGGUCAGGGGUCCCUUUACCUUUACUCGUGGGAGAAAGGGGACGUGGGUGGCACUGUGGGUUAAACCACAGAGCCUAGGACUUGCCGAUCAGAAGGUCGGCGGUUCAAAGCCCCAUGACGGGGUGAGCUCCCGUUGCUCGGUCCCUGCUCCUGCCAACCUAGCGGUUUGAAAGCACAUCAAAGUGUAUGUAGAUAAAUAGGGACUGCUCUGGUGGGAAGGUAAACGGCAUUUCCGUGCGCUGCUCUGGUUCACCAGAAGCGGCUUAGUCAUGCUGGCCACAUGACCCGGAAGCUGUCUGCGGACAAAUGCCGGCUCUCUCGGCCUAUAGAGCGAGAUGAGCACGCAACCCCAGAGUUGUCUGUGACUGGACCUAACGGUCAGGGGUACCUUUACCUUUACCCAUGGGAGAAGCUCUGUUGAAUUCGAGUAGGAUUUCAGAACCACAGUUAAAACGAUCUCCUGGUUGUGGGUGCCCAUUGGAAUUUGAUUUUUGAAAAUGCGUUGGCUGUUUGAAGCUAGUUUCGAACCGGAGGUCCCGUUUUUAGAGUGUGUGUGUCUGAUUCGCAGAUUCAAAUCCAGGUUUUCUUGAUUCCUAAAAUGAUGUUAUGUGCUGGGAUUCCUCCGGCUUGCCAAGGGGAAGGUCUCUGGGAUGGGGCACCCCUUGGCAGGAGCUGGGAUGGGGCUCCUGGCAGCCUCCUCUCCCGGCCUGUGCCAGGCGGUUAAGAUUGGGCCUCGGAAGCAUCGUGGUGGCUCUUGAUCUCCAUAAUCUCCUCGGACUUAAAGAUCUUUUGCUGUCUAAGCUUGUUAAGGCGAACGGCCUCCCAGGGGAGUUUUCUGGGACAUGGGCUUGCCAGGCCGCGAUGCCUCCGUGAACCUGGGCCGGGUGCAAUUGCAGUCCCGCCAACGGUGCUGAGAUCGCAAGCAGGCACAAACAACACCUUUUAACCUUGCCUUGCAGUUUAUUAUCAAUUGGAGUUGGGGGGGGGCUUCAACUUAGCUGUCAACUGUCCCUUAUUUGGCGGGACAGUCCCUUAUCCCAGCACCGUGUCCCGCUGCUAUCCCUUAUUGAUGAUGUCCCUUAAAUUUCCCGGGUUUCAAAGGAAGCAGCUCCUCUCCCUCCCUCCCUGCCGGCCAGGGAGGAGGGAGGCUCCAACUGUGUUGCUUGGCUGCGUUGCUCACCCAAUAAGGAGUCUCAGAACGACUGGGGGGUGGAGCUUGCAUGCCUUGUGCCAAUCAAAUCAGCCGCGUUGCCUGGGGACUCGCCUUUGCUCAGCGCUUCCCAGCAGAGAGGUGACGGUGGUUUUCCUUGCUGCAUCCCCUUUGCCGGGUUUCUGCGCUGUGGGAACCACCGCUUGAGGCUUCCUUUGGCUGCUGGUUGACUAAAAUCCCUUAUUUUGGCUGCUGAUCCCUUAUUUUCGAGGCUGCUGGUCCCUUAUUUUCAAAUCUGUAAGUUGACAGCUAUGGGCUUCAAUGGAUAUCUAUCUUUCUCUCAUCAUGGGACCCAAGGCCUUGGACAGGUAGUUUUGAGGGCGUCACCUGCUAGUAGAUUGACAGGACACAUCUCUGGGCCUGGGUAAUUUUAUGGUCACAUGCAAGGACCAACGUGAUAUUUAUUUAUAAAAGAUAUUGGUGCACCGCUGUGCCAAAGAAUAUGAAAGUAUUAAAGCAGUUGUUUGUUUUGUUUAGUCGUUUAGUCGUGUCUGCCUCUUCGUGACCCCCUGGACCAGAGCACGCCAGGCACUCCUGUCUUCCACUGCCUCCCGCAGUUUGGUCAAACUCAUGCUGGUAGCUUCGAGAACACUGUCCCACCAUCUCGUCCUCUGUCGUCCCCUUCUCCUUCUGCCCUCCAUCUUUCCCAACAUCAGGGUCUUUUCCAGGGAGUCUUCUCUUCUCCUGAGGCAGCCAAAGUCUUGGAGCCUCAGCUUCAGGAUCUGUCCCUCCAGUGAGCACUCAGGGCUGAUUUCCUUCAGAAUGGAGAGGUUUGAUCUUCUUGCAGUUCAUAGGACUCUCAAGAGUCUCCUCCAACACCAUAAUUCAAAAGCAUCAAUUCUUUGGCAAUCAGCCUUCUUUAUGGUCCAGCUCUCACUUCCACACAUCACUACUGGGAUGUAUGGAAGUUAGCAAAGCAGUUAGCAGCAGCCAAACACAAAAACCAUCUAAUAAAAUCUGUAAAGAAGUUAAGAGUUUAAAACAGGUGUCAAAUAACCGGUGUGGGGAAGAUGUAUUCUUAAUCACCUGCCUAGGCCUGGCAGAACAGAAAUGGGCUCUGUAGGAAUCUAAAAGUUGGCACAGAAGCCGCCUGCCAAAUCUCUAGUGGCAGAGAGUUGCACAGGACUUGGUUUCUUUCUCUGAUCUUCUGGCGGGGUCUGUGUGUCCCUCCUUGCUGCUGCAGUCAGUAGACCAUCUGCUGCACUGCUGCUAUGAUACAGAUGGUCCUGAGUUCAAAACUCCAUGACAUCUCCAGGCAGGGCUUGGGGAGAGAGCUGCGGCUGUCAGUCAGAGCAGACAUUACUGAGUUCGGUGAGUUAGUACAAAGCAGCUGUCAGAAUGUUCCUCCGACCCUAACACUAUACCCCACCAACUCCUGGACAACUACAGUGGCACUGGUUGGCAGAGGGGAGGAAGAUUUGGCAAAAAAUGGGGGGUUGGAGCUCGUGGGCAGAAUGAAUGACCCCCCUACCUAUAAAUUUACAGCGAGAAGCGUGAAGAGGGCCAACUGCCAGACUGGCCCUGCUCUGAAUCCUUUGCCCAUUUGUGGGGGGUUUUUUUAAUCUCUUUUAUUCAAUUUUACAUUAUACAUUUAAAUUCAAACAUUGAUCAUAAUCAUCAACAUUUAGCAUUCCCUGAAUCCUUAGACUCCACCCCCCAUGGUUUCCAUUAUCAAACAUUUUCUACUGCAUCAUAUAUUUUCUCUAUUUUUCUUAAAAUAACCCAUUAUUACCUUAGUUUUUAAUACAUUACAAGCAUUACUCUAAUCCUGCCAAAGUCUUUAGUUGUUUUACAGUGUUCUCUUUAGUAAAUUGUAAUUUCCGCCCCCCCAUUCCUUCUUAAAGUUUCUGUCUGGUUUCUGAUUUUCCCAGGCCAUUUCGGCAUAGUCCAUUAUCUUCAUCAACCAUUCGUCUCCAGUCAGGACUUUAUCUUCUUUCCAUCUCUGGGCCAGUAUCUGCUGUCAUCGCAUACACAAAUAAUCAUUUCUGCUCCUUUGGUAUCUCUGCAUCUAGAAUUCCUUGUAAAAAAGGCUUCUGGUUUCCCCCCACAAAUGUUAUUUUAAAUAUUUUUUUUCAACUCAUUAUAUAUUACUCAUUAUAUAUUGUAUCAAUAGGGACGCGGGUGGUGCUGUGGGUUAAACCAUAGAGCCUAGGACUUGCCGAUCAGAAGGUUGGUGGUUCGAAUCCCGGCGACGGGGUGAGCUCCCGUUGCUCGGUCCCUGCUCCUGCCCACCUAGCAGUUCGAAAGCACGUCAAAGUGAAGUAGAUCAAUAGGUACCACUCCGGCGGGAAGGUAAACGGCGUUUCCCUGCGCUGCUCUGGUUUCGCCAGAAGCAGCUUAGUCAUGCUGGCCACAUGACCCGGAAGCUGUGUGUGGACAAACACCGGCUCCCUCGGCCUAUAGAGUGAGAUGAGCGUGCAACCCAGAGUUGUGUAUGACUGGACUUAACUGUCAGGGGUCCUUUACCUUUACCUUAUACAGUCAUACCUCGAGUUACAGACGCUUCCGGUUAUGUUUUUUCAGGUUACGGGCUGCCAAAACCCGGAAGUACCGGAAAGGGUUACUUCCGGGUUUCGGUGGUCACGCAUGCACAGAAGCACUAAAUCGCACUUGCGCAUGCGCAGAAGCACUGAAUCUCAACUCGCGUGUGCACAGCUGCAGGUUGCGAACGUGCACCCCGCACGGAUCACAUUCACGACCCGAGCGUCCACUGUAUAUUGUAUCCCAUGUGGUGAUAGACGUGCAAGAUAACAAAAGCAUUCUGGGACAUGAUAUAUCCUUUGCCCCUUCGUAUGUAACGUCGCCGUCUUCCAUUUCUCCCCAGCACCAGCGCUGCCCGGUGGUCACCCUCGACCCGCCCCCCGCCCCGGCGACGCCUCCGCUGUCCCCGCAGCCCUCCACCCUGGCCAGCAGCCGCUCAGAAAAGGGUUCGUCAUGGUCCAGCCGCUCUCUGGGCGCCCGCUGCCGCAACUCCAUCGCCUCCUGCGCCGACGAGCAGCCCCACAUUGGCAACUACCGGCUCCUCAAGACCAUCGGGAAGGGAAACUUUGCCAAGGUCAAGCUGGCCAGGCACAUCCUGACAGGAAGGGAGGUAAGCGGGGGCUGGAAGGGGUGGGCGCAAGGAUGGGCGAGAAGGGUUGAUUGAUUGAUGGAUUGAUUGAUGGAUGGAUGGAUGGAUGGAUGAGUUAGGCUCACUCGCAGGCCGCUUCCCACCAGCUUACAGCAAGCAUUCGAAACAUCGAAAUGCAAGCAGGUGAACACAGAGCACAUCAGCAAAUUCAAAAAUCAGCUACUUAACCGGCACAGAAUAAAUUGAAUUGCACAUAUACACACACAUAAACAUAUUUUCUGGGUUUAAGUACAACAUACAGUGGUACCUCGGGUUGCUGACGGGAUCCGUUCCGGAGCUCCAGACGGAUCCUAAGGAAUUUGCAACUGGAGGCCCUUGCUCUGCGCAUGCACGCGGCGCAAUUUAGCGCUUCUGUGCAUGCGGCGAAACCUGGAAAAACACUUCCUGGUUUGCCGCGGACGUAUUCCAAAGGAUACGUAACCAAAGGUGACCACAAGCAGUAAUAUGCUGUUGUUAUGUGGGUGAGGCAGAAGGGGUCUCUGGAGGAAAAAGGAGGGGGAAGGUUGCCUUUGGCAAGAGCCUAAAAACACUCAUUGCAGCAGGAAACCUUGUGUGGUGGGCUGCCGCAAGGCUGGGUCAUUGUGUCCCCCCUCAGGGGACCCCAAAGCACAGGACUCCGGUUGCCGAUUUAUAAACCAGCUCAUAGCCUACUGAAGCAGUGCAGAACAAGCCAAGAUAAACUGCGGAAGGUUACUAACUCGGUGAACUAAGAGCAAUAAAACCCUUUCUGCAAUUGUGGCAGUUAAUAUUCCAUAAAAUGACUCCGGUCACACUCCAAAGGAAGCCUUCUUGUACAAAAUGUCUUGAGCAGACACCUAAGAUAGCAAGGCGCUUGUUGAAUCUCGGUUUCUGGACUGAUUCUGAAAGUCCACCUGUUGCCGCAGUUCUCGCGCCGCCAAAUUUUGGAGGAGGCAGUGGCGAUGCUUCUGAAUCCCAGUGGCUGGAAACCGCAGGAGGAGAGAGUUGCUCUUGUGCUCGGAUCCUGCUCGGCAGCUUCCCUGGUUGGCCACUGUGAGAACAGGAAUCUGGCCUGAUCCAGCAGCAGGAUCUUUGUAUCUUCUCAUGGAACCUCCAGCUUCACAGGCAGUCUAUCUGCGCGAACAGGAUGCCAGGCCUCUGGGAAGCUGGGUUGCUUCCUUGUUUGUCCAGAACUCACGCCCUGCCUUCCGUCGCAAGGGCCCUGAUUACCACAAAUCAAUGCAUAGAACAAGUUAUCGGAAAUACCAAAUGCAGUGGUACCUCUGGUUGUGAAAAGUAUCCGUUCCGGAGGCCCGUUCGCAACAUGAAAAGAGCGCAACCCGCAGCGGCGACUCUGUGCAUGUGCGGGUUGUGAUUUGCCACUUCAGUGCAUGCACGUGACGUCAUUUUGCGCUUCUGCACAUGCAUGCACGAGCAGCGAAACCUGGAAGUAACCCUUUCCGGUACUUCCGGGUUGCUGCAGGACGUAACUUGAAAAAAUGUACAGUGGUACCUCGGGUUAAGUACUUAAUCCGUUCCGGAGCUCCGUACUUAACCUGAAACUGUUCUUAACCUGAAGCACCACUUUAGCUAAUGGGGCCUCCUGCUGCCGCCGCGCCGCCAGAGCACGAUUUCUGUUCUCAACCUGAAGCAAAGUUCUUAACCUGAAGCACUAUUUCUGGGUUAGCGGAGUAUGUAACCUGAAGCGUAUGUAACCUGAAGUACCACUGUAACAUGAAGCAGAUGUAACAUGAGGUAUGACUGUACUUUCAGGGUCUGUCAAUUUCUCACACAGACCAAUAUUGUCCCAGCCUUUCUGAAAGCCAGUCUUCACCUGUUCCCUGCUGCUGCACUGGGUGGGUGGGUGUGUGUGUUCCACAACUGGGGUGCCAAUCCUGAGGAGAGCCUCAAGAUUUCACUUAAGGCCAGAAAUCGGCUUCAGUUUAUUGUCCCGCACAAGAAGAGCUUAGCAGACCAGGCCAAAGCAUCUCGCGGUGGCCAAAUGCCCCAAAGGACCUGGGAAUCUAGGUAGACUGCGCCUGAAUCUGGAGGCUCCAUAACAGCCUCAGAAGAUCCAGUCCUGUUCUCACAGCCUGAAUGCGAAGUCUGCAAGGCACAGAUUCAAGCACCUCCCCAGCUUACCCUUCUGCCGGGGAGAGUUAGAGCAGUUAACAUUUUUAGUGCAUGUGCGAAUGGCGUUCUGGGUCCUCUGCUAUCAAGGCACCCCAGAGCCACUUGGGGAGAGGUGAUCUGAGGGGUUGUACCCCAGGACCAAUCGGACACUGUCCUGGCACCCUCCUCGACGACGUUUUUGCAGCCAUGGGGAAGGGGUGGAGCAAGCCUCAGGUGCGUCUGUCCUGAGCAGGUGAGAUGCAGGUGCAACUUAUAGGUGGCAAGGGGGCAGGUGUAUAGGGCUCCACCCUUAGCCACUGGCUACUUCUGGUGCUGGGGACAGUCUAGAUGGGGGUGGAGAGGGAGAAUGAGGAAAGGCAGAAAGGAAGGAGCAGGUGGAAAUCACAGGGUGGGGCUGGAUUUGGAAAGGAGGGUUUAGCGAAUUAUUGCUGGCAGGAACCAGCUAUUGCAGGGCCUUUUAAAAAGUUUUUAUUUAUACGUUUCAAGUUUAUACAUAUCAUUAGUUUUACAAUCAACUGAACAUUUCAGAAUUUGACUUCCUUCCCCCUCUUUCUGCGGUUCGUUAAAUGUAUUUUUUUAAUACCUUCUGCGUAUCCAAAUUGAUUUGAUUUGCUCAUUUAAUUAUAAUAAUAAUAAUAAAUUUUAUUUAUAUCCCGCCCUCCCCAGCCGAAGCCGGGCUCAGGGCGGCUAACAACAAUAAAACAGUACAAAAGUACAGCAUAAACAACACUCUAAAAUCAUUCAUUAUAAAAUUAAUUAAUUCAAUUAAUUAAUUAAUUAUCUGCUUUAAAUAUACACGCUUAUGAAACUGCAGGUUAUUACAAUAAUCCUGCCAGUGUUUUUAUCUGUUUGCAAUUUAUCUGUAAAUAUCCAAUAAAACCCUUUCCAUUAUUUUAUAAAAAAAGUUUGCUAUCUUGAUUUCUUAUUCUUCCCAGUAACUUUUGCCAUUUCUGCAUAUUCUAUGUUGUUUUUUAAUCCGUUCUUCCUUUGCUGGGACUUCUGCUUCUUUUCAUUUUGGGGCAAGUCGCAUUCAUAAGUCAAUUUCUAUACAAUUCAGGUCGUUCUGUCCCUAUAAUUCCCAAAAUUGCAGGGCCUUUCUCUCUCUCCCUGCCCCCGCUCCCGGCCACCCCCACUUUUUCACCAGUCUGAUUUUCUGGCAUUUCAUUUCUUCCAGGUGGCUAUAAAAAUAAUCGACAAGACGCAGCUGAAUCCAACGAGCCUCCAGAAGGUGUGUAUGUUUGUUGCUGUUUCAAACCCACCAGCUCUUUGAUCAGAAUCGUAAGAACUCUAGAUUUGGAAGGGACCCCUAGAGUCAUCUAGUCCAACCCCUUUGCAGUGCACGAAUGCCCCAAAGGGGGUUUUGGCCCUGGAGGGGGGGGGUAUCAGGGACUGCAGGGGUCGGCUGUGGGGAACACCAUUACCCAGAGGGGAUUCCCCAGGAGGGCGCUAAGAGGCAGAAGGCAGCUGGGGGGGGGCGGACUCUGGAGGUGUAAAUAAUAAUAAUAAUGAUAAUAAUAAUAAUAAUAAUUUAUUAUUUGUACUCCGCCCAUCUGGCUGGGUUUCCCCAGCCACUCUGGGCGGCUUCCAACAAAGAUUAAAAAUGCAUCAAAAUGUCACACAUUAAAAACUUCCCUAAACAGGGCUGCCUUCAGAUGUCUUCUAAACGUCAGGUAGUUGUUUAUCUCUUUGACAUCUGGUGGGAGGGCGUUCCACAGGGCGGGUGCCACCACCAAGAAGGCCCUCUGCCUGGUUCCCUGGAGCUUUGCUUCUCGCAAUGAGGGAACCGCCAGAAGGCCCUCGGAGCUGGACCUCAGUGUCCGGGCAGAACGAUGGGGGUGGAGACGCUCCUUCAGGUAUACAGGACUGAGGCCGUUUAGGGCUUUAAAGGUCAGCACCAACACUUUGAAUUGUGCUUGGAAACGUCCUUUCAAGACUGGUGUUAUGUGGUCUCGGUGGCCUCUCCCAGUCACCAGUCUAGCUGCCGCAUGGCAGAAGAGAGGCCCAGAUCCAUUCCUUUCCACCUCGUGGUGGCAUAGAAUCGCGGAACUGCAUAAUUGAGAGGGACCUCCAAGGGACAUCUAGUCCAACCCCCUCCCACCAGAUGUCAAGGAGAACAACAACUACCAGACUUUUAGAAGACAUCUGAAGGCAGCCCUGUUCAGGGAAGCUUUUAAUGUUUGAUGUAUUACGGUAUUUUAAUAUUUUCUCGGAAGCCGCCCAGAGUGGCUGGGGAAGCCCAGCCAGAUGGGUGGGGUAUAAAUAUUAUUAUUAUUAUUAUUAUUAUUAUUAUUAUUAUUAUUAUCUGGUUCAUACAAGUGCUUCCCCCCCCCAAAUAAAUAAAUAUGUUUUGGGGUACUCUCAUUUUGACUCAAGGCAAUCACCAUUUUAUAGAUCAAAUUGGGAAAAAUAAAUACAGUAAAUGGACAAAAGUAUGAAGAUUCACAAAAUGUUUAGGGGUAUGCGUCCCCCUGUGUACCCCCCCCCCAGGAAAAAAAGCACUUGGUUCACGGGGACCCCCUUCUCUCUCUCCCUCUCUCUCUCUGGGAUCUCUAUCUCCCUCACGCCACUGACCCCCACCCCACCUUUCCCUCCACUGGUGUGCUCAUUGCCAAAGACACCCAUCGCUCUUCAUUCCCCCCCCCCGCUUUCUGCCCCCCCUUCCCUAAUUAGCGCCUGGAGUCCAAGUUGGUCGCUGUGGUAACGCCACCUCCUGCCAGCAUCUCGCUGUGGGGGAGGUUGUGGGGGGUGGAGCUGCUAAUUAGCGGCUGGAUUUUCCAGGCCAAAUGAGCUUGGGGAAGAUUGGGGGGGGGGAGAGAUGGAUAUUGAAGGCCUUUCCUCGCCCCCCCUUUCAAAUUAGUCAUUUCCCCUGGCAAGGGGCUGGAGGAAGCUCCCUGUUCAAUGGGAGUCCUCCCAGUUGCAGCUCCCUGUUCAAUCCAGUCUUCCCAGUUGCAGCCAGACUGACACUCCCAGCAUCCUUUUGGCUGGGGGGGGGGAGGCCCUGUACUCCCUUGAAAGCCUCUUUCUUCCAUUCCUCCCCCCCCCCGAAAUUCGUCUGCCAUCCAUCUCACAGCUCCUUUUAAGGGGAAAACCCCCCAUGCUCGCUCCCCAACUCCCACUGACUGCCCCCAUUGAUGGGUUUCAUAAACAGAUCGCAUUCCUAAUCCUGACAUUUAAUUAAUAGAAUCAUAGGACUGAGCUGUGCUGAAGAGGCAGUGUGGGGCAUUGAUUAGAGUACACAACCUGGGAGAGAUCAGGGUUCAGAGUCCCUCAACACGGCCACCCUGAAGCUCACUGAGAGAUAGCUUGUUUUCUGCUGCUCUAGAGUGGCUCAAACACUUAAUACGAUACUAAAGGCAAGAGGGCCUCUGAGCAUGCGCAGAAUGUUUGUUGUCGCUGCUGUCACUGCCAAAUUGUCAGGGUUUGCCAGGAUUAUGAGGAGAGGCUUCCAUGUUAAAGGUCUCUCGCCUUGGCACCUCUCCUCUUUAGAAAUUAACCCCUCCUGCCAGCCGCCUUUGGAAUAAAGGUAAAGGUAAAGGGACCCCUGACCAUUAGGUCCAGUCGUGGCCGACUCUGGGGUUGCGGCGCUCAUCUCGCUUUACUGGCCGAGGGAGCCGGCGUACAGCUUCCGGGUCAUGUGGCCAGCAUGACUAAGCCGAUUCUGGUGAACCAGAGCAGCGCACAGAAAGGCCGUUUACCUUCCCACCAGAAUGGUACCUAUUUAUCUACUUGCACUUGACGGGCUUUCGAACUGCUAGGUUGGCAGGAGCAGGGACCAAGCAACGGGAGCUCACCCCAUCAUGGGGAUUCGAACCGCCGACCUUCUGAUCAGCAAGUCCUAGGCUCUGUGGUUUAACCCACAGCACCACCUGCGCAUAGCUGUCAACUUUCAGAUUUGAAAAUAAGAGAUCAGCAGCCUUGAAAAUAAGGGAUCAGCAAUCUCACCUGUCCCGGGGACAGUCUACAGGAUAUCUAACAAUCCGGGAUAGCAGCGGGAAACGGUGUUGGAAUAAGGGGAUUUCCUGCAAAAAAAGGGAAGGUUGACAGCUAUGCAUCCACGCCUUUGGAAUACCUAAGAGCAAAGUAUCCGUGGGGAGGAAAUAACUGCCUCCAAAGCAAUUUUGGGAACAGAGUUUGCUCGGGGAGGAACCUCACUACCGUUACGGAAAAAUCGUUUUCCAAAAUAUGUUCCUGCAAUGGGAGCACGUCCAAAAUGUAUGUUUGUGUGUGAAAACAUGCUGUGACCAGCCCUUGGGGAGGAUGACUUGGCUUAACCCACCUUCCUCCUCCCCUUUUUUGCAGCUCUUCCGAGAAGUGAGGAUCAUGAAGGGUCUGAAUCACCCCAACAUCGGUAAGAGAGGCAGGAGCCUGGAAAGAGGUCCACCUCCGUUCACAGUGGCAGCUGCCUUUCUCUUAAGGAGCUUGAAGGCAGAACCAGGAGGGAGGGAGAGGGUCAUGUUCAAGAAAUCCAGGCAGAUCUUGCUCCGUGGAAUCCGGGGGCUGAAAUCUCUCUCUCUCACUGUUGCAGUGAAACUCUUUGAGGUGAUAGAGACGGAGAAGACACUCUACCUAGUGAUGGAGUAUGCCAGCGCAGGUGAGUCUGGGGCAUGUAGCGUUCCCAAAACAAGGAAGGAUUGGACUCUGAUUAAUAGAAUACACACAAGGCUUUACCAGAAGGACUCUGAGUUGUUGUUUAGUCGUUUAGUCGUGUCCGACUCUUCGUGACCCCCUGGACCAGAGCACGCCAGGCACUCCUGUCUUCCACUGCCUCCCGCAGUUUGGUCAAACUCAUGUUUGUAGCUUCGAGAACACUGUCCAACCAUCUGGUCCUCUGUCGUCCCCUUCUCCUUGUGCCCUCCAUCUUUCCCAACAUCAGGGUCUUUUCCAGGAGUCUUCUCUUCUCAUGAGGUGGCCAAAGUAUUGGAGCCUCAGCUUCAGGAUCUGUCCUUCCAGUGAGCACUCAGGGCUGAUUUCCUUCAGAACGGAGAGGUUUGAUCUUCUUGCAGUCCAUGGGACUCUCAAGAGUCUCCUCCAGCACCAUAGUUCAAAAGCAUCAAUUCUUUGGCGAUCAGCCUUCUUUAUGGUCCAGCUCUCACUUCCAUACAUCACUACUGGGAAAACCAGAGCUUUAACUAUAUGGACCUUUGUUGGCAAGGUGAUGUCUCUGCUUUUUAAGAUGGAGGUGCCAAUAUUAAUUCCUGUCCACCCUUCGGCCCAGGUCGUUUUAUUCACAAAAAAACUUUUUACACAGUGUUCAUAAGAACCAAUCAGAUUUCCUCUGAGCAUUUCAAAAACCCUACGUGGGACAAAGUUAAAGUUAAAACUACAAAGAAACUAUUUCCUACUGAAGCAUGCAUAGUAGACCAGAGUAAAUAAAAUAGGAAUAAAAGGAGGAAUGCAUCCAGCAAAACCCAGGAGGUCAUAAACAGGAGAGACAGGAUGGCAGUAUUUACCAUCUCUAUGUGAACUCUCUUCCUGGCCCUUAAAGGUAAAGGUAAAGGGACCCCUGAUCAUUAGGUCCAGUCGUGACCCACUCUGGGGUUGCGGCGCUCAUCUCGCUUUAUUGGCCGAGGGAGCCAGCGUACAGCUUCUGGGUCAUGUGGCCAGCAUGACUAAGCCACUUCUGGCGAACCAGAGCAGCGCACGGAAACGCCAUUUAGCUUCCCGCCGGAGCGGUACCUAUUAAUCUACUUGCACUUUGACGUGCUUUCGAACUGUGAGGUUGCCAGGAGCAGGGACCGAGCAACGGGAGCUCACCCCAUCACGGGGAUUCGAACAGCCGACCUUCUGAUCAGCAAGUCCUAGGCUCUGUGGUUUAACCCAAAGCACCACCCGCGUCCCAUUAAAGAGCUAUCUAAAGAUUAAACUAUAUCAAAGUAACCUACUAUCUUUAUGUACUGAGGAUGCCUGAUGAAGCAACUGUCCUGUAUAUCGGAAUGCUUAUAUGUGCCUGUCAUGUAGAGAAAGCAAAUGUCAGAGGUGGAGAGGCCUGUGGGAUUCGAUCAGAAACUAUUGUCAAUGAAUCAAACCCAGUCAACGCAGUGCUUUCAUAGCAGACACAAUGGCUUGCUCCAUAUUUCAUAAUUCCUCAUAGCAAUCCCACCUGACCCCCACACUCUCGAUAUUUGCUCCCCUACAGGGGCACAGUUUCUUUCUUUCUUUCUUUCUUUGGCGAUCCCUCGUAGCCGAGUAAGAUUGUCUUCCAUAAACAUGGAUUUUAAGUGACUGUGGAGGCCAAUUCUGGAUCCUCAUGUCCUUCCACAGUGGGGACAUUGGUUCCUGGGCGGGAGUUGAUCACGAUGUGGAUUUACCAAGCGUGCCUUCCUCUUAGCACGUUUCUCCCUUGCGUCCUGCGUUCGAGUGUCUUCAAAGCCCAGGACACCUUUGGUAAAGGCUGUUCUCCAACUGGAGCGCUCGCAGGCCAGUGUUCCCCAGUUGUCAGUGUUUAUACUACAUUUUUUUUAGAUUUGCCUUGAGACAGUCUUUAAACCUCUUUUGUUGACCACCAGCAUUACGCUUUCCAUUUUUAAGUUUGGAAUAGAGAAGUUGCUUUGGAAGAUGAUGAUCAGGCACAGUUUAGCUCCAUGCCAGCCCUUGCCCAGUGCACUGCCCGCCCACUUCCACAGCUCUGCAGGCAUUGCAUCCAUUUUAUGACCUUGUUGCUCAAUUCAAUAUUUUUGCAUUUAUUUAUUUUUUAAUGCACUGCGGUAUUUUAUAUUUUGCUGUUACUUUGAUUUUUUUUAUAUAUUUAUAAUUUUACUGAGAUUAUUAUAGUAAAUUAAAAUGAAUAAGAAAACAGAAAAAGAGGGCAGGGAAGAGAAUACAUUAAAAAACCAUAUUUUUGUCCUUCCAAUGUAUCGAUAUCAAUCUUUUUGCAGAAAUGAGGUCAUGGAGAAUCCAUUUACGCUCACCAAUGAUUAUUUUUAUUUAUGAUUAUUUGGCAAUGAUUUAUAGUAGCUGUUGAGUCAACUUCUGUCCAGUCCUCAUUUGCUGAUAUUUUGAGAAUUAAUUUCAUUCCGCGCCAUAAUAUUCUAAUGGAUUAUCGAAUAUCACGUUAUUCAGUGUAAGUUGUUUACUUUAAGUCAUAUUUUUAGACAUUGUUUUGCAUUGGAUCGGAUUGUUGGAGGACAUGGGGGUCUUUGUUCUAUGUUUCGUUUUUUCUACGGCUUGCAAGACGCCUUGUGCGCAGCUAGGGAUUAUUAGGAGAGGAAUGGAAAAUAUGCCGAUAUCAUAUUGCUGUUGUGCAGAACUAUGGAGCAAGGUGUGCAGUUCUGGUCCCUGUAGAACUGGGAAAGGUUCAGCAAAGGCCACACAAAUGAUGGAGGGGAUGCAGUGAGUAAGAGGCGAAAUGAUGGAAGUUUUAAAUGACAAUUUUAGGUUAUAUUUUAGUGAUCAAGAUUUAAUAUACCGUAUUUUUCGCUCUAUAAGACGCACCAGACCACAAGACGCACCUAGUUUUUGGAGGAGGAAAACAAGGAAAAAAAUAUUCUGAAUCUCAGAAGCCAGAACAGCAAGAGGGAUCGCUGCGCAGUGAAAGCAGCAAUCUCUCUUGCUGUUCUGGCUUCUGGGAUAGCUGCGCAGCCUGCAUUCGCUCCAUAAGACGCACACACAUUUCCCCUUACUUUUUAGGAGGGGAAAAGUGAGUCUUAUAGAGCAAAAAAUACGGUAUAUUUUUAACUGCCGCUAUAUCUGUAUUGUCUCUGUUAUACCCAAUUGCAAUUCAAUGUAUUCCUGUUGUGUUUUUCCUGAUAUUGUAAGUGACCUGGAACUGGUCUGUGACCGUAAUAAUAAAAUUCAAUUCACUGAUGGAAGUUUAUGAAAAGUGGGGAGGGGAAAAGUGGAGAGGAGAAGUUUUUCUUCUUUUCUCAUAAUACCCACAUUUAAUUAGGCUGAAUGUUGGAAGAUGCGGGACAAAUAAAAGGAUUUCCCCCCCAUGCAGCACAUAGCUAACCUUUGGAACUCCCUGCCACAGGAGCCAGCGGUGGGCACCCACUUGGGUGGCUUUAAAAGAGGAAUAGACAAAUUCAUGGAGGAGGAGAGGGCUUCUCAUGGCGACUAGCCAGGAUGCCACUGGCCUGAUCCUGCAGGCUCUUCUGGUGUUAGCCUAACGUCCCUUUCUCUCCGCCUGUAGGAGAAGUCUUUGACUACCUGGUUUCCCACGGGCGUAUGAAGGAGAAGGAGGCUCGGGCCAAGUUCAGACAGGUGAGGAGAGGAGACCCCAGCCAGGGGCCCGGUUGCUCUUUGGGUGCCCGGAAAGGGGCGAGGGGUGAUUGGCGGGAAUGUGGCUUGGCUGAUGUUUUGGGUUUUUUUUUAAAAAAAAAUUUAAUCAUUUUUUCAAUACAAACAACAACCACAAACAACAGAAACCAUGAUAACACUAAUAACUUGACAAUUCAGAUUUGAAGACACAGAUAUACACCAUUUUUUCUUUGCAUUUUAUUUAUUUAUUAACAUUCUUAUAUUACAUCGGUAAACAUUGUCAUAUUACAUUACAGGACUUACUGUAAUAUAAUUUCCAACAUGUAUACAAAAAUGAUAUGCAAAUUUUAUAUACCUGAAAAGAAAAUGAAACAACAAAAAAAGAAGGAAAGAACAAAGAAACAACAAUUUCCCCCAAAAAAUCAUAUACAUACCAACACACUAGACUUCCUCUCUUUCCCAUUGUAUAUUCCCUUUUUUACAAAUGAAUGUUCUCUUAUUAUUGUAUAUUUCUUUACAUUUUAUCUAAUACAUUCCUAUAUCAAUAUGUGCUCUUAGUCUUAUUUCUCCACUCAGUCUGGCUCCAACAUCAAUGAAACGCUAGCAUAGAUAGCGAACCUUUACUGUAUUUUUGAACAUAUGUUUUAUAUCUAUCCCACUUUUCCAUAAAUUUUUGUUUUGAAUUGUCUCUCAGGGUAUUUGUGACUACACCUUUUUAACAAUAUUUUCCCACCACUCUCUCCUCCCACCACUAUCCACCUUAUCGCUUAAAUAUUCCUUCCAGAUUUCUUCAUAUUUAUCUGUUCUUAAUUUGUGUUAAUUCAUUUGUAUGCAGCUUAUCAAUGGAUAAUUGCGGCUCUUCCAAUUCAUCAAAACAAGUUUUUUUGCUUCUAAUAUAGCACGGUACAUCCAUUUUUUUUUGACCCCUUGCAAUCUCCCAUGUAUUCCGGAAUAUAAUUUAGAAUUAAAUUCAAUUCCCCUAAAUAACAAUUUCUUUUUGGCUGAUGUUCUGGGGCAGAGAGGAUAUCAGACACUCCCUGGUCCAGAUCCAUCCCCUAUGGCUUUCACACGUGGCCAAGGAUUGAUUUCCUUUCUCUUUCCAGCCGAGGGGGCGGGGUAAGGAUUGAUCCUGGCAGCCUGGCCUGUUUGGCUUUAAAAGGGGGGCACUCACGACUCUGGAUGGGGGGGAGACAGAGGGAGUCUCAUCUCUGCAGGAAGUGGGAGAGCCUUGCAGGGAUCUUUCCCACACCCCCGGACAUUUUCACCCACCACAUUAUCUCCCGCUUGGACUACUGCCAUGCGCUCUACGUGGGGCUACCUUUGAAGGUGACCUGGAAACUACAACUAAUCCAGAAUGCGGCAGCUAGACUGGGGACUGGGGGCGGCUGCCGAGACCACAUAACACCAGUCUUGAAAGACCUACAUUGGCUCCCAGUACGUUUCCAAGCACAAUUCAAAGUGUUGGGGCUGACCUUCAAAGCCCUAAACGGCCUCAAAGGCCCAGUAUACCUGAAGGAGCGUCUCCACCCCCAUCGUUCUACCUGGACGCUGAGGUCCAGUGCUGAGGGCCUUCUGGCAGUUCCCUCAUUGCGAGAAGCCAAGUUACAGGGAACCAGGCAGAGGGCCUUCUCGGUGGUGGCGCCCGCCCUGUGGAACGCCCUCCCACCAGAUGUCAAAGAGAUAAACAACUACCUGACAUUCAGAAGACAUCUGAAGGCAGCCCUGUUCAAGGAAGCUUUUAAUAUGUGACAUUUUAAUGUAUUUUUAAUCUUUGUUGGAAGCCGCCCAGAGUGGCUGGGGAAACCCAGCCAGAUGGGCGGGGUACAAAUAAUAAAUUAUUAUUAUAUUUCUUCUUCUCGCUCCUAGAUUGUCUCGGCUGUGCACUACUGUCACCAGAAGAACAUUGUCCACAGGGACCUGAAGGUGAGGGCUCUGGGCUGCUCCCCUCCAUUUCCUCCCCCUCCCCUCCACCCCGUCCCAGUAACUACGAUGCCAUGAGCACCACGUCACUCAGUAGAACAGCAGGGCUGGCGAAAUUCGGGGUGCAAGCCUCUGCCCUGGACUUCACAGCAUGGUCUGCAGCAAAUCGCUCUGCCUCCAUUCCUCCAUCUGUAAAAUGGGCAUAAUUAUUACCCUGUCGGAUGAGCAGGGCAAACAGAGAGGGGCCUUCAGCAGUUCAUCUGCUUCGUGCCGGCUCUUAAGAACCCAAAUCCAGGUACCCCAAAGCUGAUUCAGAUUCCUAGAAUUUUCUGUGCCCCUCGCCUUGCCGGGGGUUGGGCUAGUUGACCUUUGGGGGUCCCUUCCAACUUUCCAGCUCUGUCGUUCUGUGACUUCAUCGUCCAUUCUGUGACUCUCCCCUCUGCCACCAAAAACAGGCCGAGAACCUUUUGCUGGACGCUGACGCCAACAUAAAGAUCGCCGACUUUGGCUUCAGCAACGAGUUCACGCUGGGCUCCAAACUGGACACGUUUUGCGGGAGCCCUCCCUACGCCGCCCCAGAACUCUUCCAGGGCAAGAAGUACGACGGCCCCGAGGUGGACAUCUGGAGCCUGGGGGUCAUCCUCUAUACGCUGGUCAGCGGCUCCUUGCCUUUCGACGGACAGAACCUCAAGGUGGGGCAGAGUGGGGGUCGCCAGGAAGCCUUGAAGGGGGAAGUGGGGGGUUAUGGGGCCGGAGCCAGGCCCGGGGGACUGCUGGGUCUCCCAAGCCAGAAGCAGAGAUAGGGUGGGGGCAAGGAGGGGGUCCAUUUGGGCCCCUUGAACUUUUCUCUUUUUGCAGACAGGUGUGUUGUUUUUUUCAGGUUAAGAACCGUUUUAUUCGAGUUUGGGAUUUUUACAUACAUUACAGGUGAAACUCGGAAAAUUAGAAUAUCGUGGAAAAGUUCAUUUAUUUCAGUAAUUCAACUUAAAAGGUGAAACUAAUAUAUGAGGUAGACUCAUGACAUGCAAAGCGAGAUAUGUCAAGCCUUUAUUUGUUACAAUUGUGAUGAUCAUGGUGUACAGCUGGUGAAAACCCCAAAUUAACAAUCUCAGAAAAUUAGAAUAUUAAAUGAAAUCAGCAAAACAAGGAUUGCAAAUAGAGCAAUAUUGGACCUCUGAGACGUAGAAGCAUGCAUAUGUACUCAGUACUUGGUUUGGGCCCCUUUUGCAUCAAUUACUGCUGAAAUAAAUGAACUUUUCCACGAUAUUCUAAUUUUCCGAGUUUCACCUGCAUAUUAUCUCCUUCCAAUUUUUAAAUUUCCUGUACAAUUUUUUUCCUUUCCCUCCCUCCCUCCCUCCCUUCCCACCCCCACCCCCAUAUCCAUAUCCAUUGGAAGGGUUCAAACAAUUAUCCUCAGCCACGGGCAUAGUGUCUUUUGUUUCCACCGAACGUCUUUUGUUCCAGUAGUUUUUAUCCAGUGAAGAUAGGGGUUCCAUCUGUUCCUUAUCGUGGUGGACUUGACCUUCCGCAUUGUUUCCUGUGACGUUAUUUUGACAAUGUCUGACUGAAUAAGUUCAGACAAAUAACUAUUCCAUGCCCCUACUUGCAGACAGCUUUGUUGGAAUAGCGUAAGGGGUUUCUCUCCCCAAAAGCUUAAGAUGCCUCCCCAAACCACACUUCUCCCCUGAAUUGUACAACGUCCUGUCUUUUGUGUUCUAUGUAAUGGAAAUGGUUCCCAAAUCAAUCUUUCACAGGGGCAGACUUCAGAACUCUUUGCCUGUUGACAUCAGGCGGGUCGCCUUCACUGUACUCCUUCCUGCUAAAAGCAUAUUUAUUUAGGCAAAGUCUACCCAGACAUAAUAAUAAUAAUAGUAACAACAACAACAUAUUCCUGUGAUAGAUUAUUAUAAAUAAGAAUACAUUUAUUAUCACAUCGUCACUGGCCAUUUCAUUGUUUUAUCCGUUGUGUGAACCCCUUCGAAGUUCAUUUCUUUUUUAACUAUCACGCAGUACGUAACUUUUAUGAAAUAAACUGAUAAAAAAAGACCUGAAACAAAAAGAUGAGGAACCAGAGAAAAGAAUGACUCUAUGUGACAAAGUGUGAAAACCGCAUAUUAUGCACGUCCCACCCAGAUAAUGCCGGUUCCUCUGCCCAGCAGCUCUUUAUUUUAUUUUUGUUUCAUAAAAUUUGCACACCACUUGGUUAUAACAGCCCUCAGAGCAGCUUGCAAAAGAGAUUUUGGAAAUAAAGGUAUCACCAAGGAAGAUGAACAGUAAUUUAAAACUUUCGAAAACUCACACCAGCAUUCUAAACAUCCGAGCAGAACUGUCUAAACAAAAAUGGCACCAAAUUAUAUCAUCAUUACUGUAUUCAAAUCCCACCUUUUUCCCAGACCAGGAAUCAAGGAUAGCGAAGGCACUUGGCUGAUGUCAAUAGGCAGGGAGUUCCACAGGGCAGAUCCCUGAGCUCCGAGGUGUUACAGGGUGGCAAGACCUCGCUUGUGUUAGCAAUCAUGCUGUAGCAAUCCUUAACUGCCGCUGACCCCAGAUUGUGGCUUAUGGGGGGGAAACCAGUGGCGGUGGUGCCCACAGAGACUGGAAGCACCAUUAACUCCUCGCGGGUGCCCUUCCGCACCCCAAACCUCCCGUUUGUCUGCCGGCAUAGGGCCAGGCGGGGACGCAGGUGGCGCUGUGGGUUAAACCACAGAGACUAGGACUUGCCAAUCAGAAGGUCGGCGGUUCGAAUCCCCACGACGGAGUGAGCUCCCGUUGCUCGGUCCCAGCUCCUGCCAACCUAGCAGUUCGAAAGCACGUCAAAGUGCAAGUAGAUAAAUAGGUACCGCUCUGGCGGGAAGGUAAACGGUGUUUCCGUGCGCUGCUCUUGUUCGCCAGAAGCGGCUUAGUCCUGCUGGCCACAUGACCUGGAAGCUGGACGCCGGCUCCCUCGGCCAAUAAAGCGAGAUGAGCGCCGCAACCCCAGAGUCGGCCACGACUGGACCUAAUGGUCAGGGGUCCCUUUACCUUUACCUUUAUAGGGCCAGGCUGACCCAAAGGUUGGGGGGAAAGAGGGUGAGUUUGAGGCAGGUUGGGGGAACCCGGUUUGGCUAUGACUGACGCUUCCACCUGCUCAAUUCAGGAGCUGCGGGAACGAGUCCUUCGUGGCAAAUACCGCGUGCCCUUCUACAUGUCCACGGACUGCGAGAACAUCCUGCGGCGCUUCUUGGUCCUGAACCCCUCUAAGCGCUGCACCCUGGAGGUAGGGGCACCUAAGAUGGCUGGGCGGGGGGGAGGGAAGAGGGGCUUGGUGAGUGGGUCUGGUGAAGAUGGCCGGGGGGCGGCGACUGAGCCGCGUCCCAAGAACCAAGGCUUUACUGUGUGUGGGAGAGAGAGAAAGAGAGGGAUUCCUGCACUGAAGAUUGAGGUUGAAUCCUGACAAGUACUGUUUUUGGGGGACAGGAGGCGGGAGGGUGUGGGGGACUCCCUGGUCCUGAAUGGGGUAACUGUGCCCCUGAAGGACUAAGUCCGCAGCCUGGGAGUCAUUCUGGACUCACAGCUGUCCAGGGAGGCGCAGGUCAAUUCUGUGUCCAGGGCGGCUGUCUGCCAGCUCCACCUGGUACGCAGGAUGAGACCCUCCCUGCCCGCAGACUGUCUCUCCAGAGUGGUGCAUGCUCUGGUUAUCUCCUGCUUGGACUACUGACAUGCGCUCUACGUGGGGCUACCUUUGAAGGUGACCCGGAAACUGCAGUUAAUCUAGAAUGCGGCAGCCAGACUGGUGACUGGGAGCGGCCACCGGGACCACAUAACACCGGUCCGGAGAGAUCUGCAUUGGCUCCCAGUACAUUUCCAAGCACAAUUCAAAAUGUUGGUGCUGACCUUGAAAGCCCUAAACGGCCUCGGUCCAGUAUAUCUGAAGGAGCGUCUCCACCCCUAUCGUUCUGCCCGGACACUGAGAUCCAGCUCCGAGGGCCUUCUGGCAGUUCCCUCAUUGCGAGAAGUGAGGUGACAGGGAACCAGGCAGAAGGCCUUCUCAGUAGUGGCGCCCACCCUGUGGAAUGCCCUCCCUUCAGAUGUGAAGGAAAUAAGCAGCUAUCCUAUCUUUAAAAGACAUCUGAAGGCAGCCCUGUUCAGGGAAACUUUUAAUAUUUAAUGCUGUACUGUUUUUAACAUUUGAUUGGGAGCCGCCCAGAGUGGCUGUGGAAAGUCAGCCAGAUGAGCAGGGUAUAAAUAAUAAAUUAUAUAUUUAUUAUUAUUAUUAUUAUUAUUAUUAUUGGGGUUGGACUAGAUGGCCACUGGGGGGUCCCUUCCAAUCCUACGAUUCUCUGAUUCCAUAAGUGCCAGCUGGAUCAGGCCCAAUGGGUCCCAUCCAGUCCAGCAGCAUCCUGUUCUCACAGUGGUCAAGUGCCCCCGAAGAACCUAGGGAUCUAGGGAAGACUGGAAAACAUUUAUUGAAUAUAUGGGGAAUAACUGUGUACAGCUGAAAACUCUGGCAGCAUUGAGAUCGAUUCAACAGUUGCGAUGGACGUAAUAAUGGAAUACCGAAUGGGAUAGUUUCUGCAAAACACGCAGGGAUUCAGGAUGUGUAAAAUGAACGAUGGGAAGAGAAGAAAGGAAGUCGUUGAUGUUUUAAGGAGGUAAAAAUGAGUGUUUUAAAUGGUAAAACAGAAAAUUGGAUAAAAAUUACAUGAAAUAAAAAAUAGAUAGAUGGCCUCUGGGCCAUAAAAACAUAAGAAAAGCCAGCCCAAAGGGGGCCUCCUCUUAGUCCAGCAUCCUAUUCCCACAUUGGCCAACCGGAUGUCCAUUAGGAGAAACCCGCAGUCAGGAUCCGGGUGCAAGAGCAACUCUCGCCUCCUGCCAUUUUUCCCGCAGCUGGCAUUCGCAAGCAUUGACCCUGGAACCGCUGCUUGCUUUUUCUUCCCUGUUCUCUAAGCCAUUGCUUGAGACGUUGCUCAUUCCCUGGGGGAGAACGAGGGAGCGCAGCUGGUGCCCCCGCCUCCUCCGAGCCACAAUUCCACAGACCCAUUCUCCAGCUCCAUCUUCUGCCCUCCAACCUGUUUCUCCUUACAGGAAGCUGUUGCUGCUGCUGCUGCUGCUGCUGUGAGAGGAGACCUUUAAUUAGCUAAUGUCUCCGUGGGAUCUGGCCCUGCCCACCGCCUCUCCCUCCCCCCUCCCCCCACGGAUGGCUGUAAUUAGCCUAAUCGACUCAGGGAUAAUUAUACAGUGUGUCAGGGAGGCAGAGAGCAACCUCAGCUCCCUGCCUGCCUGCCUGCCUGCCUGCCUUUUCCCCCAGCGUAGUUUGCAGGCUUCUGGGGGGGAGAUGCUGAGAGAUGGGGUGGGGUGAGGAUGCUUUGAGUGUGUGUUGGGGGGGGUCUUCUUUGCCGAGGGGGUCCCUUCUGGCCAAAGAUGAUCUCAGAGCCUCUGCUUUCCUGGAUCCAGGUGUUGUUGUUUUUUAAAGGAAGCUGCCUUGCGCAGCGUCAGGCGUUGAUCCAUCUAGUGCAAUACAUUCUUCACUGGCUGGCAGCUGCUCUCGAGGAUUUUAAGCAGAGAGCCUCUCCCAGCCUUACCUGGAUUUGAACCCAAGACCUUCUGCUUGCAAAGCAGAUGCUCUGAGCUGCGGCCCUGUUGUUGUUCGUUUUAUUUUAUUUAAAGGGAGUUUGUGCCUGGAGCUAUUUUGUGACGACCAAGGGUGCCCUUGAGCAGGUGCAGAGUGCUUCUCCCUCACGGCUGAGCUUGCAGGAAUUUGAACCGUGGUUCCCAAAGCACAAGCGAUACAUGGGGUGACCUAGCAGAAUGCUAAGAUGCAUGUUGGGUGCAAACAAUUUUGAGGUGCAAACGAUUUCAUAAACCUGCUAGCACUGGAUCAAGUCCAACUGAAUGAAUUACUUCAACUGAAUAGUUUUCAUUGGGCUUUGAAUAAGUGUGCAAUUAAUUGUGGCUGGUCUGGAUUUUAUGGUGCUGUUGCCUUCCUUGGUGUGCCAUGCAAACGGCUAUUCUGAAAAAUGCUUUUUUAUAUAUAGUUUUAGGGUAGUGCCCACUCGGAGUGAGUCUGUGGAAACCCCAAAAAAGUUAGGGAGCCACUGGUGUGAGAGAGGAAGGAGUUUCCAGGCAUGGACAGAGGGUGUGUCUGUGUCUAGGCCUCCCCUUCUCGCCCCUCCAUUUCACGAAUGCCCUUCUUCUCCGCAGCAAAUCAUGAAGGACAAGUGGAUCAAUAUUGGCUACGAGGGGGACGAACUAAAGCCCUAUAAAGAGCCGGAAGAGGACUUUGCAGACGCCAAGCGCAUCGGUAAGGGCGUGUGGUGUGUUUUCACUGGGUAUGAAACAGCAGGUGCUGCCACACUCAAAGACGGAGUUCUUGCACAUGUGGACCCUGCAACAGAGUCGGUUCUGUUAAGUUGUGGGUGAACAUAUCAGACGACACAGCGAUUCUUCAAACAGCUCUUGUUUAUUCACAGCCCAGAACAGAACUGAACUGAAGGGUUCAGCCAGCUUGCUUAUAUAGAGCUCCACUAGAACACAACAGUAACCAUUUUCUGUAACUAUCCAAUCACUGAACGUCACUUUCGAUCCCUUAUUUGCAUAUGUGGACCUGAGUGAAAACUACCUACAGUAUCCCCCUGCUGGCCCAGGGUGAGAACUUCAGCACAUAACAGGUUCCACACUUUGAAGCAGUUGGGGGACAGGGGGUGGGUGUGUAUGGAGGACUCCCUGGUCCUGAAUGGGGCAACUGUGUCCCUGAAGGACCAGGUGCGCAGCCUGGGAGUAAUUUUGGACUCAUAGCUGUCCAUGGAGGAGCAGGUCCAUUCUGUGUCCAGGGCAGCUCCAUCUGGUAUGCAGGAUGAGACCCUCCCUGCCCGCAGACUGUCUCUCCAGAGUGGUGCAUGCUCUAGUUAUCUCCCGCUUGGACUACUGCAAUGCGCUCUACAUGGGACUAACUUUGAAGGUGACUCGGAAACUACAACUAUUCCAGAAUGUGGCAGCUAGACUGGUGACUGGGGGUGGCCGCCGAGACCACAUAACACCGGUCUUGAAAGACCUACAUUGGCUCCCAGUACGUUUCCGAGCACAAUUCAAAGUGUUGAUGCUGGUCUUUAAAGCCCUAAACAGCCUCAAAGGCCCAGUAUACCUGAAGGAGCGUCUCCACACCCAUCGUUCUGCCCGGACACUGAGGUCCAGCGCUGAGGGCCUUCUGGCGGUUCCCUCAUUGCAAGAAGUGAGGUUACAGGGAACCAGGCAGAGGGCCAUCUCGGUGGUGACACCCACCCUGAGGAACGUGCUCCUUUCAGAUGUCAAGGAAAUAAACAACUAUCUGACUUUUAAAAGACAUCCGAAGGCAGCCCUGUACAGGGAAGUUUUUUAUGUUUGAUGUUUUAUCGUGUUUUUAACGUUCUGUUGGGAGCCGCCCGGCAUGGCUGGGGAAACCCAGCCAGGUGGGCGGGGUAUAAGUAACUGAUGAUGAUGAUGAUGAUGAUGAUGAUGAUGAUAUUGGGUGAGGUGAUUUUGCAAGUAAACUGGUCCCAAAUUGUUACGGGCUCUAUACACCAGUUCCUAUCCCAGGCUACUCUUUGUAUAGAAGGUGAUAAACAGUCCAAGGUAACCAAAGAGUUUUGCAAUGUGAGGGGUGCCCUCUGCUUUGUUUUUUUUUAAAAGCCAGAAACAAAAUAAAGUUGUGCCUUUCAGUCCCUGAGGAGUUCUUGUGCUUCAAGCCUUGUGCCGAUUUUGUUUCCUUGUUUAUUUAUUACACCAAGUGCCCUUCGCCCUACCAUUUUGCCGGACAACUACCCUUCAAGUUCUUCAAAGGCCUGGUUAUCCUCAGCCUGGCCGCUGGGAGAAGAGAACUUACUAGGGACUUAAAGCUGCAAAUUUAAUAUUAUCUCCCGUGAAAAGAUUGAGGAGAGCUAGCUCCGGGCAUUGGGAGACAUUUUGUCCAGUAAUUAAGCAGUUGGUCCCUUACCUUUCUCACCCUGAUCUGGCCACAGUGAUCCAUGUGACGGUCACCUCCAGGCUUGAUUAUUGUAAUUCACUCUACACGGGGCUGCCCUUGAAGCUGACUCAGAAACUCCAGAGGUUGCAGAAUGCGGUGGCGAGACUCCUUACGGGGUCCUUGCCAUGGGAUCGCAUUCAUCCAGCGCUUUACCAGCUGCACUGGCUCCCAGUGAAAUACAGGGUGCUGGUUUAAGGUGCUGGUUUUGACCUUUAAAGCCCUAUGCAGCCUAGGACCCAUGUACCUACAGGACCGCCUCUCCUGGUAUGCCCCGCGGAGGACCUUAAGGUCCACAAAUGACAACACCCUGGAGGUCCCAAGUCGCAAGGUGGUUAGAUUGGUCUCAACUAGGGCCAGGGACUUUUCAGUACUGGCCCCAAGUUGGUGGAACGCUCUGUCACAAGAGACUAGAGCCCUGUGGGAUUUGACAUCUUUCCGCAAGGCCUGCAAGACAGAGCUGUUCUGCCUGGCCUUUGGUUUGGACUCAACCUGACCCUUAUGUUUCCCUCCCCUUAUGGUUUUGAUUUAUGGGCUACUAUUAAAAUGAGGCUGCAUUUUAAAUUAUAUUUUAACCUGUAUUUUAAAUUGGUGUUUAUUAUUAUUAUUAUUAUUAUUGUUGUUGUUGUUGUUGUUGUAAUUUUACUGGUGUUAGCUGCCUUGAGCCCAACUCUGGCCGGGGAGGGUGGGGUAUAAAUAAAUUUAUUAUUAUUAAAUAAUAAUAUAUUAUUAAUAAAGUUUUUUAUUAUUAAAAUAAAUUUAAUAAUAAUAGCUUUUUAUUUCAACGAACACUUCCUCCCAGAACUCAGAGAGUCAUCGAAACAUAGGAUUGUAGAGUUGGAAGGGGGUAUCCAAAGGUCAUCCAGCCCAACCCCCUGCGAUGGAGAAAUCUUAACCAAAGCAUGCAUAACAGAGGGCCAUCCAACCUCUGCCUAAAAGCCUCCAAGGAAGGAGGGUGUGCCAGCUUCUGAGAAGAGCCCAUUCCACAGCCAAAUGGCUCUAACUAACCCUAAGAAGGUCGGGGCGCGGGUGGUGCUGUGGGUUAAACCACUGAGCCUAGGACUUGCCGAUCAGAAGGUCGGCGGUUCGAAUCCCCAUGACAGGGUGAGCUCCAAUUGUUUGGUCCCUGCUCCUGCCCACCUAGCAGUUUGAAAGCACGUCAAAGUGCAAGUAGAUAAAUAGGUACCACUCCGGCAGGAAGGUAAAUGGCGUUUCCGUGCGCUGCUCUGGUUUGCCAGAAGCGGCUUAGUCCUGCGGGCCACAUGACCCGGAAGCUGUACGCUGGCUCCCUCGGCCAAUAAAGCGAGAUGAGCGCCGCCACCCCAGAGUCGGCCACGACAGGACCUAAUGGUCAGGGGUCCCUUUACCUUUAACCCUAAGAAAAAUCCUUCCUAAUGUUUAGUCAGACUCUCCUUCCUUGCCAUUUGAAUCCGUUGGUUUGGAGCCUGCCCUCUGGAGCAGCAGAAACACCUUCUAACUUCCUCCAUCUGAGCCACCUUCUCUUGUGUCACAUAAAUUGGUGACUUAGAGCCUAACCUUCUUCGCCGUCUCUUUCCUCUCCCUGCCCAGAAGUGAUGGUGGGCAUGGGCUACACCCGUGAAGAGAUCAAGGAAGCCCUGACCAGCCAGAAGUACAACGAGGUCACGGCCACGUACCUCCUGCUGGGCAGGAAGAACGAGGUGAGGCCUGGGCUUACGGGCGGGGUGGGGGGUGUUGCAGGAAUUUAUGUCUAGGUUGGGGGGGGGGUUGCCCCUCCAGCAGAUAUCAUGUGCAUGCAGCCCACUACCAAAACCAGCACAAUCGCUUCUGUGACUUCUGUGAUUUGUCCCCACAAAACACUUCAUCACAGUUUCUUCCUAUCUAUUCAAAGGGCCUUUGCUGCACGAUACCAAAUGUAAGAAUUCACUGAUAAAUGCAUCUAUGUACUGGCUCACUGGGGAAACUUCAGAAAUUCAUAUAGACAUGUGAGCUCAGCUACUCAGCAGCCCCUCUGCCCAAGUGAUAAUUCCUGGCAUCCUGAUACCUGAGUGCCAGACAGGUAGCCAUUCCAGAAAGAACAAACCCAGAUGAAGACAAAAGGGUGGGAUGAACUUGGCUGGGAAACAGGGAAAUGUACAUAUCUCUUUUGUUACACCUGAUGGGUGUUAGGUGGGGAGCAAGGAGAACCAUGGGGCAGGGUCCAGGAUGCUCAGAUUACGGCCACCAGACCUCCCCUUUCAUGAUGUAACCAUGAUGUAGUUUGGGGGGGUGUAACAUGGGGAUUAGCAGCUAAUAAAAGUUUGGGUUCUCUUUUGUUCGGGGCUUCCAUCUUGUUCCACCUGGUGGCAGGUGGGAGUCCUAUUGCGACAGUCUUCAAUAAAGACCAAGCCUACUGGUUUUCCUGGCUGGUGUCCUUGUUUUUUGUCCAAGGGAACCCUCAGAUUUCUCUGUUAAUGGUUUUUGCUGCGACUUCUUCCCCUUUCCAUUUUUGGGAUAGGUCGUUGUCUCGUUGUGCUGUGCGUAAUCUUAUAAGCGUCUACCAUGUCGCCUCCCUAUCUCCCAGCAGGUGGAAGGGGUCGAGUCUCGCACCGGCAGCAGCCUCUCGCUGGCCCGGGUGCGGGCGCCCAGCGAGGUUUCCAACGGCACCAGCAAGUCCUCUUCGUCUCACUCCAAGAGCCAGCGGAGCUCCUCCACUUACCACCGGCAGCGGCGGCACAGCGAUUUCUGUGAGUGGCGUGCUCUCCCUGCGCCCCCCCAACCGCUCCGUCCCAGUCUCGUACCACCACCCAAACUGAUCAGUGCAGGGCUGAAAUGGCUCCUUGCUCCAUUUCCCGUGUGAAUCCAUAGGAGAUUGUUCCAGUCCAUGGGCAUUUCGUGACACCUUGGUUGCCUUGGUUCUUCUCCUUCCUCUUCUUCUUCUUCUUCUUCUUCUUCCUCUUCCUCUUCUUCCUCCUCCUCCUCUUCUUCUUCUUCCUCCUCCUCCUCUUCUUCUUCUUCCUCUUCCUCCUCUUCUUCUUCCUCUUUUUCUUCUUCUUCCUCCUCCUCCUCUUCUUCUUCUUCUUCUUCUUCUUCUUCUUCCUCUUCCUCUUCCUCCUCCUCCUCCUCUUCUUCUUCCUCCACUUUUUCUUCUUCCUCUUCUUCUUCUUCUUCCUCCUCCUCCUCCUCUUCUUCUUCUUCUUCUUCUUCCUCCUCUUCUUCUUCCUCUUUUUCUUCUUCUUCCUCCUCCUCCUCUUCUUCUUCUUCUUCUUCUUCUUCUUCUUCUUCGGCAAUCCUUCAUAGCUGAGUAAGAUUGUCUUCCAUAAACACGGUUUUAACAAUGAGUCCGCAAGUGACUGUGGAGGCCAAUUCUGGAUCCACACGUCCUUCCACAGUGGGGACAUUGGUUUCUGGGUGGGAGUUGAUCACGGUGUGGAUUUGCCAAGCAUGCCUUCCUCUUAGCGCCUUUCCCCCUUUUGUCCUGAGUUCGAGUGUUUUCAAAGCCCAUGACACCUUUGGUCAAGGCUGUUCUCCAACUGGAGCGCUCGCAGGCCAGUGUUUCCCAAUUGUUGGUGCUUAUACUACAUUUUUAAAGAUUUGCCUUGAGCCGGUCUUUAAACCUCUUUUGUUGACCACCAGCAUUACACUUCCCAUUUUUAAGUCCGGAAUAGAGUAGUUGCUUUGGAAGAUGAACAUCAGGCAUCCACACAACAUGACCAGUCCAACAAAGUUGAUGUUGAAGAAUCAUAGCUUUGACACUGGUGAUCUUUGCUUCUUUGAGUACACUGGUUUUAGUUCGCCUGUCUUCCCAAGUGAUGUGUAAAAUUUUUCGGAGACAUUGGAAAAUGCUGACAAGGCAAUGAUCUGGCAAGUGAGAAAAAGGAACCUAAGAAAGGCCAGGCUGGUGGAUCAAGCCAAGGGCCCCCCUAGUCCAGCGUCCUCAUCUCACAGUGGCCAAAUACCCCUGAGAACCUAGAAUUCUAGAUGGACUGCCCCUAUUCAUUCAUUUUUUUUCCAAAAUAUAGUCCGGCCCCCCACGAGGUCUGAGGGACAGUGGACCGGCCCCCUGCUGAAAAAGUUUGCUGACCCCUGUGGACCUAGUCCAACCACAGUGGCUCUCACCUUGCUUUCAUUUUCCGUGAACUAGAAGUUUCACAGAGACCUGCGUUCGAAUUCCUGUUCGGCCAAGGAGCGCUCCUUUGGACCAGCCGCGGAUUCUCUUUUUUUUUUUUAAAUUUAUUAAAGUUUCAAAAGAAGAAAAAUCACGUUAAUAAAAAGAUUAACAAUAAAAAGGAAAAAUACAAAGUAGAAAAAAGAAAAAACAGUUAAAAACAAUUCCAUCUUUUCAUCACUUCGUUUACAUUUACUUGUUUCCCGGACCUCCUCAUACCUCCCUCUUUUGUAUUCCAGUUCAAUUUGUUAAUUAUUAAUACAGUUUAUUAAUACAAUUAACAAUUUGUUAAUUGUUAAUACAGCCGUGGAUUCUCUCCUCUCUGUCUCUGAUGGCCUCUCUCUCCUGCCCUCUCCAGGCGGCCCAUCCCCAGUGCCCAUGCACCCCAAGCGCAGCCCCACCAGCACGGGGGACGGGGAGCUGAAAGAGGACCGCAUGCCGUCUCGCAAGGCCAGCUGCAGCGUCGUCAGCAGUAGCGGCAGAGGCAUCCCGCCCUCCAGCCCCAUGGUGAGCAGUGCCAAUAACCCCAACAAAUCUGAGAUCCCCGACCGCCGCAAGGACAGUGCCGUGAACACGGUGAGCAGCAGCGGGCUCCGGGGUCCUGCGGGCGCCCCAUCCCAGUGACCCCCACCUGUGGGGAGGAAGGGGUAGGGGCCUGCAGCUCUGGUGUGACUGGAACCCCAUCCGCUUCCGAGCUGCGUGGCAGAGGAAACGAAACUUUCCUCCCCUAAACGCACAUUUCUUUUUGUGUCCCAGAAGCCCUUGCGGAAGCUGUGCGUCCUUCUGGGCGCUGGUCUGUCCUGUGAGUUAUUCCCAGGCAGCGGCUCGAGGUGGGGGGAGGCAUGGCUGGGUUCGGGCGAGAGGCAAAAGCCUCAAACUACCCUGGGACGCGGGUGGCGCUGUGGGUUAAACCACAGAGCCUAGGACUUGCCGAACGGAAGGUUGGCGGUUCGAAUCCCCGCGACGGGGUGAUCUCCCGUUGCUCAGUCCCUGCUCCUGCCAACCUAGCAGCUCGAAAGCACACCAGUGCAAGUAGAUCAAUAGGUACCACUCCGGCAGGAAGGUAAACGGCAUUUCUGUGCGCUGCUCUGGUUCACCAGAAGCGGCUUAGUCAUGCUGGCCACAUGACCCAGAAGCUGUACGCCGGCUCCCUUGGCCAAUAAGCGAGAUGAGCGCCGCAACCCCAGAGUCAGCCACGACUGGACCUAAUGAUCAGAGGUCCCUUUACCUUUACUUUUAACCUGGGACCAGAUUCACAGUACCUUGCAGUAGCCAUGUCCGGCAGGUCUUGUUAUCUACCCUGGGAAGAAAAAUCUGUGUCUUGUAAUGUGUGGCAACCCCACACGGGCAGCAAGCACGCAUGUGCAUAGCCGCACAUGCACAUUCAGACGUGUCCGAAGCCGGAAUCUGUCUCAGCAACAGCAAAAUCCCUCUUGGACACACAGCCUUGACUUCCACCCCAAAUCCCCAUUCUGAGACGCCUGGGCGUUCGGCUGCCUGCUUCCCGGUUUGGAGAGCCCUGAGCUGAGCCGGCGAAAAGCUGUUUUGCCGAAACGAGUCCGGCUUCUCAAAAGUUCCGUCUUGGGGGGGUUUUUGCCGCUGUUUCUCUCCCGCCUCCGCCUCUUCAGCCGGGACUCUUCCUCUCUCGUUGCAGAAUAACAUUCCCUCGAGUAUGAUGACCCGGAGGAAUACCUACGUCUGCACGGAUCGGCCUGGCGGAGAACGACACUCCCUGCUCCAGAAUGGGAAGGAGAACAGGUAUUGCUGCGGUUAUUCCCCUAAGGUCCUAGGACAGGCUGCAGCAAUCAAAACACGAUAUUGGGGGGAAAUUUCAAAACAACCUGCAAAGGCAAAGCAAGGUGGCUCCUACAAAUGUACGCCUCAGCUAUGGCGUUCGAAAUUUGCCAGGCGCAUUUUGCACCAGGCUGUCGGCCGUUUGCGACCGGGUGAAAAUGCCCGGUGCCAGGAUGACCGCUAACAUCUCCCCCAUCUGGAGGUGCAUUCUGGGAGCCAACUGGCUCAAAAAUGGCAACUAGGCAUUCCAUUUUGGCGGCUGUAACCCUGGUUUCGGGAGCUAUCUGGCUUCUAUAUCUGAAUUUCUGACACUGCUUAGCUGUGAUUUCUGCAUUGCAGGGGCCUAGACUAGAUGCUGUCCGUUCUGUAAUUCCAUUGCUUUCAAACAUCUUGAGAUCUUUCCGCAGGGCCUGCAAAACAGAGCUGUUCCGCCUGGCAUUUGGUUUGGACUCAGUCUAACUCUUAUGCUUCCCUCCCCUUAUGGCUUUGACUUUUAAAAUGAGGCUGCAUUUUAAAUUGCAUUUCAACCUGUAUUUUAAAUUGUUUUUUUCUUUUUCUUUGUUUCUUAUUAUGUUUUUACUGAAGUUUUAUUGGUGUUAGCUGCCCUGAGCCCGGCUCUGGCUGGAGAGGGCAGGGUAUAAAUAAAAAAUUUUAUUAUUAUUAUUAUUAUUAUUAGGAAGAUUAGGCUCUCUUGGUUUCCCUGCUCUUCCCGGUUUCUUCUGGCCCGGGAGCUGAGUUCCGGCCUCCCCCCUCUCACCUCUCCAUCCCUGUCCCUUCCCACAGACUUCAGCUUGCCGCUGGACGCCUGCCCAGUUUCCAAUGGUCUCGUUCUGGCUCAAUGCUGCCCUGGCCCCAGGGAAUUGCCAGGCCCUGGUCGGUCACCCGUGUGACUGGCUGUGGGAGAAUCCAGAACAGUCUCUGGAGACCAGGGUGGGGGUGAUGGUGGAAGAGAAGCCUGUCUCUUACAACUUCUAGGAGGGUCCAUCUGGACCGCCUCCUCCUCAGCCCAGAGUAUGGACCAGAGGAACUCUGAAAACAGAUCUUGUGGAAGAACAGAAAGACAUUUCUAUGUCUCUUUGGGGAGGGCAGGCUGGAGGGGGUCAUUUUAUCGCUUUCCAUUCCUGUUGUUGUUGUUUAGUCGUUUAGUCGUGUCCGGCUCUUCGCGACCCCCUGGACCAGAGCACGCCAGGCACUCCUUUUUUUUUUUUUAAUAUAAUAUUUAUUGGUUUUACAAAAAAAAAAAAAAUACAAAAAUUCCAAAGACAAAAAACAACAAUAACAAUGACAAAAAGAAAACAAAAGAUAACAAUAACCAUAAGAAAGAAAAAACAGAAAAAUUUAAAAAUUUAUACUUUCAUUUAACCUUCUUAUCUUUCCUUAGUUCUUUGACUUCCCCGCACCUCCCCACUUGUAUUUCCAUUUAAAAACUCCUUUCAGCAAAUCCUUACCCUCCUUCCUUUAUCUUAACUCAAAAACUUAAUCUAUUUAUAAAUAGAUAUUUUUACAACCUUAUCAAUCAAAUAUUCCAUGCUCUUAAACGCAAAGCUUUUGCCAAUACCAGUUAUUUUCAAUCAGACCUCAAUUUAACAUUCAUUAAUUUUAUAGUAUUUCUGUAAAUAGUCUUUAAAUUUCUUCCAAUCUUCUUCCACCGACUCUUCUCCCUGGUCACGGAUUCUGCCAGUCAUUUCCGCCAAUUCCAUAUAAUCGAUUACCUUCAUCUGCCAUUCUUCCAGAGUGGGUAAGUCUUGUGUCUUCCAAUACUUUGCGAUAAGUAUCCUUGCUGCUGCUGUUGCAUACAUAAAGAAAGUUCUAUCUUUCUUUGGCACCAAUUGGCCAACAAUGCCCAGGAGGAAGGCCUCUGGUUUCUUUAAGAAGGUAUACUUAAAUACCUUUUUCAACUCAUUAUAUAUCAUUUCCCAGAAGGCCUUAAUCUUUGGGCACGUCCACCAAAGGUGAAAGAAUGUACCUUCAGUUUCAUUACAUUUCCAACAUUUAUUAUCGGGCAGAUGGUAGAUUUUUGCAAGCUUGACUGGGGUCAUGUACCACCUGUACACCAUUUUCAUUAUAUUCUCUUUUAAAGCAUUACAUGCUGUAAACUUCGUACCUGUGGUCCAUAACCGUUCCCAGUCAGCAAACAUGAUGUUAUGUCCAACAUCCUGUGCCCAUUUAAUCAUAGCAGAUUUUACCGUUUCAUCCUGAGUAUUCCAUUUUAGCAGCAAGUUAUACAUUCUUGAAAGUGUUUUAGUUUUGGGAUCUAGCAGUUCUAUUUCCAACUUUGAUUUUUCCACCUGGAAGCCAAUUUUUCUAUCCAAAUUAUAGACCUCUCUUAUUUGGUAAUAAUGCAACCAGUCUCGCACUCUAUCUUUUAGUUUCUCAAAACUCUGCAGUUUGAAUUUAUCUCCUUCUUGUUCCAAGAUCUCCCAAUAUUUUGGCCACUUGGCCUCCAUAUUGGGCUUUUUCAGAGCCUUUGCCUCCAUUGGUGAUAGCCACCUUGGGGUUUUAUUCUUCAAUAAGUCUUUAUAUCUUAUCCAGACAUUGAACAAUGCUUUCCUGACAAUAUGGUUUUUAAAUACUUUGUGAGCUUUAACCUUGUCAUACCACAAAUAUGCAUGCCACCCAAACACAUUAUUGAAACUUUCUAAGUCCAAAACAUCAGUAUUUUCCAGAAGUAACCAAUCCUUCAACCAGCAGAAAGCUGCUGAUUCAUAAUAAAGUUUAAAGUCUGGCAGGGCAAAUCCCCUCUUUCUUUAGCAUCAGUCAAUAUUUUAAGUUUUAUCCUGGGCCUCUUGCCCUGCCAGACAAACUUAGAGAUAUCUCUCUGCCACUUCUUAAAACAAUCCAUUUUGUCUAUUAUUUGUAUCGAUUGAAACAAAAACAGCAUUCUUGGCAAUACAUUCAUCUUGAUGACAGCAAUUCGACCUAACAAGGAAAGCUUCAAAUUUGUCCAUAUUUCUAAAUCCUUUUUAAUGUCCGACCAACACUUUUCAUAAUUGUCUUUAAAUAAAUUCCCAUUUUUAGCUGUCAUAUGAAUCCCCAAGUAUUUCACUUUUUUUACCACUGUUAAACCUGUCUCAUUCUGAAACCUCUCUUUUUCAAUCGGUGUUAAAUUCUUCUCAAGUACUUUAGUUUUAAACUUAUUCAGCUUAAAACCUGCCACCUGACCAAACUCUUGAAUCAGUUCUAAUGCUCUUUUCGUACUAGAUUCUGGCUCCUGUAAUGUCAAUACAAGGUCAUCCGCAAAUGCUUUCAGUUUAUAUUGUUUCGCUCCGACCGUUAUACCCUUAAUCAAAUGGUCCCUUCUUAUCAUAUUUAACAGAACCUCCAGAACAGAAAUAAAAGUAAUGGGGAAAUUGGGCAGCCUUGUCGUGUCCCUUUCUCUAUCUUAAUUUCCUCUGUUAUCACAUUAUUAACUAUUAAUUUAGCUUUUUGUUCUGAAUAAAUUGCAUUUAUACCAUUUUCAAACUCUUGGCCUACCCCCAUCCCCUGGAGAUUUUUCUUCAUAAAACUCCAGGAAAUGUUAUCAAAGGCUUUCUCUGCAUCCACAAAAAUCAGAACUGCUUUAGUGUUAAUCUCCUCUUGCAGCUUCUCCAGAAUAUCAAUUAUAUUCCUUGUGUUAUCCGAAAGAUGUCUAUCUGGAAGAAAGCCAGCUUGGUCCUUGUGAAUCACUUCUUUUAGCACUUUUUUAAGCCUUUUUGCUAAAAUGUCAGCAAAAAUUUUGUAAUCCACAUUUAACAGGGAUAUGGGCCGAUAGUUCUUAAGCUGUGUCUUUUCAGUCUCAGACUUUGGUAUAAGUGUAAUAAAUGCGUCCUUCCACGACUCUGGCGCUCUUUUCCCCUCUAAAAUUUCAUUGCAAACCUCAGUUAAUGGUCGAAUUAACCAGUCUUUCAGGGUUCUGUAAUAUUUUGAGGUUAAACCGUCCGGUCCUGGAGAUUUUCCCAGCUGCAUAUUCUGAAUGGCACCUUCAACCUCCUGUUCUGUAAUUUUGUAAUUCAGCAAUAUCUUGUUAUCCUGAGAAAUUUUUUGUAAUCCAUUGGUUUUCAGAAAUUGCUCUAUUUCAAAUUCCACUGCCUCCCGCAGUUUGGUCAAACUCAUGCUGGUACCUUCGAGAACACUGUCCCACCAUCUCGUCCUCUGUCGUCCCCUUCUCCUUGUGCCCUCCAUCUUUCCCAACAUCAGGGUCUUUUCCAGGGAGUCUUCUCUUCUCCUGAGUCUCAAGAGUCUCCUCCAGCACCAGAAUUCAAAAGCAUCCAUUCUUCGGCGAUCAGCCUUCUUGAUGGUCCAGCUCUCGCUUCCAUACAUCACUACUGGGAAAACCAUAGCUUUAACUAUACGGACCUUUGUUGGCAAGGUGAUGUCUCUGCUUUUUAAGAAGCUGUCUAGGUUUGUCAUUGCUUUUCUCCCAAGAAGCAGGCAUCUUUUAAUUUCGUGACUGCUGUCACCUUCUGCAGUGAUCAUGGAGCCGAAGAAAGUAAAAUCUCUCACUUCCUCCAUUUCUUCCCCUUCUAUUUGCAAAGAGGUGAUGGGCCCAGUGGUCAUGAUCCUUGUUUUUUUGAUGUUGAGCUUCAGACCAUAUUUUGCGCUCUCCUCUUUCACCCUCAUUAAAAGGUUCUUUAAUUCCUCCUCACUUUCUUCCUAGCUUCUAAAAACCUUCUGCCUAGCUUCUAAAAACCCAGGAUUGGAGCCAGCCUGGAAAGGCAACCUUUUCACCCCAGAAAUACUCACUCCUAAUUGCCAGCACGUAACUAUUAGCUGUGGUUUCGAGGUGGCUGUAGAAGCGCUCUCUGUACAUGGUCAGGAUACUCUUUGUCUGACUUCAGGGACUCCCAGCUUCUUGUGUGUGGGAGAGGGUUUCAUAUUUAAUUUCGUAACAUUCUAUAAAAUGGAGAGAACGGUUUUAACAACAGAUGACUAUUAAAAUACGAAAAGCAUAAAUAGGAAAUGAGUACAGUUGCCAAAGUAAAGAAUCCUGGUGUUAUCGGAUUAUCAAACUUCUUUCCCAAUUUGCCAGGCUCAAGAUGAAGGUUGUCUUGGAAAUUAUGGUUCCGCUGUAAAGGAUGCCAAAUCAUAGAAGAAGCAUUUGGGGGUUCGAGUCCUUUUUCAAAUCUCAAAUUAUGUGUAGUUUCCCCCAUUAUGGCCAUAUUCCAGAGUGAGUGGUACCAAAUGCCCAGUGUCAAGAUUUGGGGCUGUUUUCCAUUGAGUUGCAAUUACUAUUUGAGCUGCCAAGAUCAUAUACAAGAUCAGUGCUUUUUUUCUAAAAAAGAAAAGUUUAGGGGUGCUCUCAUUUUCCUACUCAUAUUGAAAUUGUUGUUGUUUAGUCGUUUAGUCGUGUCCGACUCUUUGUGACCCCCUGGACCAGAGCACGCCAGGCUCUCCUGUCUUGGUCAAACUCAUGCUGGUAGCUUCCAGAACACUGUCCCACCAUCUCGUCCUCUGUCGUCCCCUUCUCCUCUUUUUUUGCAACUUAAAUUUUUAUUAGUUUUCAUCAAACAUACAUUCCAUUACAUUCAUUGUAUUAAUACGUCUCAUACAUAACAUUAGCUCUAUUGAGCUUUGGACUUCCUUCCUCCCCUUCGGUAAGUAUCAUAUAUUUUCGUCCCCUUCUCCUUGUGCCCUCCAUCUUUCCCAACAUCAGGGUCUUUUCCAGGGAGUCUUCUCUUCUCCUGAGGUGGCCAAAGUCUUGGAGCCUCAGCUUCAGGAUCUGUCCUUCCAGUGAGCACUCAGGGCUUAUUUCCUUCAGAAUGGAGAGGUUUGAUCUUCUUGCAGUCCAUGGGACUCUCCUCCAGCACCAUAAUUCAAAAGCAUCAAUUCUUCGGCGAUCAGCCUUCUUUAUGGUCCAGCUCUCACUUCCAUAUUGAAGUGAGCUCUCACUCAUAUUAAAAUAAUGACCUUCAGUGAGGCCAAACUUAGAUUCACAAAAUGUUUAGGGAUAUGUGUACCCCCAGAAAAAAAAAGCACUGUACAAGAUAAUAUUCCUACAUUGGCACUGUCUAUAGUAUUCUGCUGUGAAGCCGUCUGGGCCUGGGGCUUUGUGUGGUUACAGGUUUUUGAGGACCACAUCUAUUUCCUCUGGAGUGAUAGGACUGUCCAUGAAUUCCUGUUCCUCAUUAGUUAAGGUAGGCAUGGUCAGUUCUGCUAGGAAUUUUCUGAUUUCCUUCUCUGGUGAGUUAUGGGAGGUGUAUAGGUUGGAGUAGAACUCUGCAAAUUCUGAGGUUAUUUCUUUGGGGGAGAAUGUUAUGUCGCCAUCUUUUUUAGUGAUGCAGUGUAUUCUUGUUUUGAGUGCUUUUUCCCUACAUCUAUUUGCUAGUAAUCUCCUCCAUAUUCAUAGAAAUGUUGUUUAGAGUAUAGAAUAUGGAUCAUUGUUUUGUUGAUUUCUAGGGAAUCUAGUUCUCUCCUUUUUUGUUCUAUGUUUGAGGAGUUUUUUAGAUCCUGUUUGUUUGUAGCGUGAUGAGAGGGCCGUGGUGUCCUGUUCUAGUUUGCUAAUUUUUGAGGAGGUUUGUUUUUAAGGAAUGCUUUCUCUUUUAUGCAAGCUCUUGGUACAGCAAACUAAAUAUGACAUGAUAGGCAUCACUGAAACCUGGUGGGAUAAGUCCCACGAUUGGAAUGUAAUAAUGGGGGGAUACAAUCUAUUUCAGAGAAACAGACCAGACAAGAAAGGAGGAGGAGUGGCGUUAUAUGUCAGGGAUGUGUAUACCUGUGAAGAGAUCCAAGAUCUUAGAACCUCAAAGCCAAAGUGAGAGCAUUUGGGUCAAAAUUAAGGGAGAGAAGAAUAACAGUGACCUCAUUGUGGGAGUUUACUAUAGAUCCCCAAGCCAAACGGAGGACAUAGAUGAUGCCUUCCUGGAACAGAUGGCCAAGCAUGCAAAAGGAAGGGAGAUAGUAGUAAUGGGGGACUUCAAUUACCCGGAUAUUUGUUGGAUGUCAAACUCAGCCAAGAGCAUAAGGUCAAACAGAUUCCUCACUGGCCUUGCAGACAACUUCAUUGUCCAGAAAGUGGGAGAAGCAACAAGAGGAACAGCCAUUUUAGAUCUGGUCCUAACCAAUGUUGAUGACCUGGUUAGUGGGGUAGAAGUGGAAGGAUCAUUAGGCGCGAGUGAUCAUGCUCUUCUGAAGUUUACUAUACAGCGGAAAGGAGCAGCCAAGCAUACUAGGACUCAAUUUCUUCACUUUAAGAAAGCCGACUUCAUAAAACUUAGGGAAGUGCUGGGUGAGAUCCCAUGGACAGUAAUACUAAAAGGAAAGGGAGUUCAUGAUGGCUGGGAGUUUGUUAAGAGGGAGAUAGUGAAAGCACAACUUCAGGCAAUACCAAUGAGACGGAAACAUGGAAGGUGCCUAAAGAAGCCAGGGUGGCUAUCUAAAGAACUUUUAACUGAGUUAAGAUUAAAAAAGGAUUUGUACAAAAAAUGGAAAAGGGGGGAAACCACCAAAGAGGAAUUCAAAAAAAUAGCCAACACUUGAAAAAACAAAAACAGAAAAGCUAAAGCACAGAAUGAAAACAUGCUAGAUAGAGAGGUUAAAAGCAACAAAAAGGCUUUUAUGGGUAUGUUCGUAGCAAAAGGAAGAACAAAGAAACAGUGGGGUCACUCAGAGGAGAAGAUGGUGAAAUGCAAACAGGGGACACAGAAAGAGCUGAACUCCUCAAUGCCUUCUUUGCCUCAGUCUUCUCCGAUAAAGAAAACAAUGCCCGACCUGAAGAAUUUGGAGCAAAUGAUUCAGCAAAGGAAACACAGCCCAGAAUAACUAAGGAGAUAGUACAAGAAUACUUGGCUAGUUUAGAUGUAUUCAAGUCUCCAGGGCCAGAUGAACUGCAUCCAAGAGUAUUAAAAGAACUGGCAGAUGUGAUCUCAGAACCACUGGCAGUCAUCUUUGAGAAUUCCUGGAGAACAGGCGAAGUCCCGGCAGACUGGAGGAGGGCAAAUGUUGUCCCUAUUUUCAAAAAGGGGAAAAGAGAGGACCCAAAUAAUUACCGCCCAGUCAGACAUCAAUACCAAGGAAGAUUCUGGAGCAGAUCAUUAAGCAAACAGUCUGUGAGCACCUAGAAAGGAAUGCUGUGAUCACCAAUAGUCAGCAUGGAUUUCUGAAAAAUAAGUCAUGUCAGACUAACCUGAUCUCGUUUUUGACAGAAUUACAAGCCUGGUAGAUGAAGGGAACGCAGUGGAUGUAGCCUACCUUGAUUUCAGCAAGGCAUUUGACAAGGUGCCCCAUGAUAUUCUUGUAAAGAAGCUGGUAAAAUGCGGUCUUGACUAUGCUACCACUCAGUGGAUUUGUAACUGGCUGACUGACCGAACCCAAAGGGUGCUCAUCAAUGGUUCCUCUUCAUCCUGGAGAAGAGUGACUAGUGGAGUGCCACAGGGUUCUGUCUUGGGCCCAGUCUUAUUCAACCUCUUUAUCAACGACUUGGAUGAUGGACUCAAGGGCAUCCUGAUCAAAUUUGCAGAUGACACCAAACUGGGAGGGGUGGCUAACACCCCAGAGGACAGGAUCACACUUCAAAAUGACCUUGACAGAUUAGAGAACUGGGCCAAAACAAACAAGAUGAAUUUUAACAGGGAGAAAUGUAAAGUAUUGCACUUGGGCAAAAAAAAUGAGAGGCACAAGUACAAGAUGGGUGACACCUGGCUUGAGAGCAGUACAUGUGAAAAGGAUCUAGGAGUCUUGGUUGACCACAAACUUGACAUGAGCCAACAGUGUGACGCGACAGCUAAAAAAGCCAAUGCAAUUCUGGGCUGCAUCAAUAGGACUAUAGCAUCUAGAUCAAGGGAAGUAAUAGUGCCACUGUAUUCUGCUCUGGUCAGACCUCACCUGGAGUACUAUGUCCAGUUCUGGGCACCACAGUUCAAGAAGGACACUGACAAACUGGAACAUGUCCAGAGGAGGGCAACCAAACUGGUCAAAGGCCUGGAAACGAUGCCUUAUGAGGAACGGCUAAGGGAGCUGGGCAUGUUUAGCCUGGAGAAGAGGAGGUUAAGGGGUGAUAUGAUAGCCAUGUUCAAAUAUAUAAAAGGAUGUCACAUAGAGGAGGGAGAAAGGUUGUUUUCUGCUGCUCCAGAGAAGCGGACACGGAGCAAUGGAUCCAAACUACAAGAAAGAAGAUUCCACCUAAACAUUAGGAAGAACUUCCUGACAGUAAGAUCUGUUUGACAGUGGAAUUUGCUGCCAAGGAGUGUUGUGGAGUCUCCUUCUUUGGAGGUCUUUAAGCAGAGGCUUGACAACCAUAUGUCAGGAGUGCUCUGAUGGUGUUUCCUGCUUGGCAGGGGGUUGGACUCGAUGGCCCUUGUGGUCUCUUCCAAUUCUAUGAUUCCUCUGGUGACCGCUUUCAUUGCAUCCCAUAGGAGGGGGGUUGUUAUAUUGUCUACCACGUUUUCCUUGAAGUAGUUUUGGAGAGUUUUUGUGUGUUGUUGUUGUUUAGUCAUUUAGUCGUGUCCGACUCUUUGUGACCCCCUGGACCAGAGCACGCCAGGCCCUCCUGUCUUCCACUGCCUCCCGCAGUUUGGUCAAACUCAUGCUGGUAGCUUCGAGAACACUGUCCAGCCAUCUCGUCCUCCGUCGUCCCCUUCUCCUUGUGCCCUCCAUCUUUCCCAACAUCAGGGUCUUUUCCAGGGAGUCUUCUUUUCUCAUGAGGUGGCCAAAGUCUUGCAGCCUCAGCUUCAGGAUCUGUCCUUCCAGUGAGCACUCAGGGCUGAUUUCCUUAAGAAUGGAUAGGUUUGAUCUUCUUGCAGUCCAUGGGACUCUCCUCCAGCACCAUAAUUCAAAAGCAUCAAUUCUUUGGCGAUCAGCCUUCUUUAUGGUCCAGCUCUCACUUCCAUACAUCACUACUGGGAAAACCAUAGCUUUUACUAUACGGACCUUUGUUGGCAGGGUGAUGUCUACUUUUUAAGAUGCUGUCUAGGUUUUUGUGAUUCUCUGUAAUUUGUUUGUUUGCAGUUAGGAUGGGACUGAAGGACCGUGAUGGGGUGGUUUGUAAUAUUCGGUGCCGUAAAUUACGGACAGCAGGCAAUCAUUUUAUUUAGAAAUAUUCUAUCAUUUCUGUCCAAAGGAAACCCCAAAAAUGAUGGGUGACGCUGACUUCUGUCUCAUCUCUCUCUCUCUCUCUCUCUCUCUCUCUCUCUCUCUGUCUGCCACCCUGUCCCAUACAGCUCUGCCACCAGUCGUGUGCCCCCCGCCUCCCCCUCCAGCCACAGCAUCGCCACCUCCUCCACCUCCUCAGACCGCACCCGGCUGUCUCGCGGCACCAACAUCCGCAGCACCUUCCACGGGGGCCAGGUGCGGGACCGGCGGGGGACCGGCGUUCAGAACGGGCCCCCCACCUCGCCCACGCUCUCCCACGAAGCCACCCCUCUGCCUCAGAGCCGCAGCCGCGCCACCUCCAACCUCUUCAGCAAGCUCACGUCGAAACUCACGCGGAGGUGAGCGGGCAGCUACGACAAAGGGGGCAGGCGGGCGGGCGAAGAGGGUAACGAAAUCAAAAAUGCUGGCUGGGUGGUUGCUGCUCCCCGACUCCUCUUCCUCCUGCCCCGCCCCCAGUUUGAUUUACAGCAAUGCAGGGUGGAUUUGAUUUAAAUCAAAUUGAUUUAAAUCACGAUUUAAAUCACUAGUCAAUAAGACUUGGUUUAAUUCACUGGUCAGUAAGACUUGGUUUAGUUCACUGGCCAGUAAGACUUGGUUUAAUUCACUAGUCAGUAAGACUUGGUUUAAAUCUUUUUUACAGAAAGACUCAUUCUUGCUGGUAUAAACUUAAUAUUUACAACCAGGUGAAGGUUUCAUUUUUGGAAUAAUAAAUUUUCAGAGUAGUUUUUACAGUUAUAUAAAAAGUUACUGAUUUGGUUAUACUGUUAAAAAUACAUAGACAGAUAAUUAUGAAAUUAUUGUGAGGUUUAAUAAGUUAACUGUGUGUAUUUGGACAACUUUUCUGCUCUAUUUUAUUGGAAGGAGAAAAAUAAUCAUUUCCUUAAUAACAGUUUAAACAACUUAUUUAACUGAAACAAUAACAUUAUAGCCUAUGUUAUAAUGUUAUAACAAAUCCAUGUUUGUUAACUGAUGUGGUUAAACUUUUUUUGUAUAUAAACUUAGAGUGAGUUUUAGCACACGUGAAAAAAUCAAAAACAAAUCCUUAUUUCCUGAUGAACAGCCUUUGGACUAUAACGUAACCUAAAUAGAAAACUAUCUUUAGAAAUAUAGUUUCCCCCAAAAGCAUUUUAUUUUAAAAAUCCAAUUUAAAUUUUUAAAAAUCCGAUUUUUUUUUUAAAAAAACACUGAUUUUUAUGCACCCUGAUUUCUAAGCAGAAGAUGGCUUCCGCGGCAGAAUCCGCACUCAGAGUUCGUAAGACGGGGCGAUCCUCCUGCAGCUGCCGCUCUCUGUAUUGCACAGUGCAAUUGCCUCUUCCGCGGGGAACCAGCUCCAAGGUUUCUGGCAGACACUGUGCACACCCAGACCCUUGGAGCUGCCCCAUAGCUAGCAGUGGGGAGAAAGAGAGAAUUCCUCGUGCCCCCAGAGUCCACACACCACACAGACCUUGUCCAGUGAGCAAGGUGGAGAGCUUAAAAGCUCUUUCCACCCUGCCUUUAGAUAGUGCCCUUAGUGGGGCCGGCACGAGCAUUGGGCAUAGGGAGGCAGCUGCCUCAGGCAGCAAAACGUCUUGAGUCAGCUCUGCAACAGAGGAAGAGGAGAACUUGGAAGCACCAGGCAGUGGCUUUUAUUAUAUACCCGCCUUUUCCCCUGAUGGGGACACAAGGCGGCUUCCAGGUACAACGGCUAAAAAAACAUCAGGGAGGAAUCAUUUAAAACAGUUUAAACGUUCAGAGAAUUAAAACGGCAUACAUGCAUAUGUCUAAAAGCAAACAGAUAAUUACAGUUAUCAAAGCAGUAAAAAGGGCACGGCGUCAGCCCUUUCAUUAAAAGCAGUCAGUUCCCCAAAAGCCAGUUGGGAAAAGAAAGGCUUCACCUGAAGGACAGCAAGGAGGGGGCCAGCCUGGCUUCUCUCGGCAGGGAGUUCCAAAGUUGCCUGGAAGCAGCCACCACCGAGAAGGCCCUGCAAAGGUUUUGGGGAAAGGGGUCGUUUCCAAUCAGUGCGGACCCUGCAAAACCUGAAAUCCCGCAACAUCUCUUAGCACAGAUGUUCUGGUGUGUGUGUGUGUUUGCUUCCUUGAAGGUUUUUGAGCAGAGGUUGGAAGGCCAUCUGUCAGGGAUGCUUUAGCUGAGAUUCCAAGAAAAAAGCACACCAAGAACUCAGGCCGAUGUAAGUUUCAGUAGUGGGAGUGGUCCUUCCUAGCAAAUCAAUAAUCAAUAGUAACAAAAACUAAUCCAUUCAAAAGUAUGUGUUCUGACAAGGAUUACAAACUCAAAUAGAGAUUACAAAAUCUAACAGAGAUUACAAGAUCAAACUCAUAAAGAAAUGUAUACAACAAUAAUUCGUUACAGAAUUAGAAAUAAGAGUUUGUGGGUAGAGAUAAGUUUAUGUUAGUCCAUAGUUAGAUUUGACGUGGAGGUCUUCAUAGAGCCGAAGUCAGAAGUCAGUUAUAGAUUAGAAACCAGGACAGGGCCUUGUUUUGAUGUAUUCACCUUCAUCAGCUGAAAGCAUCAAAUAUUACAUGAAAAUACAUUUACGUUCUAAAUUAUCAUAAAAUAUAAAACAGUCAUAAAUUAUAAAACAGUAUUAUAUAACAUUUGGUUCCUUACCUAAUUUUUAAAGGGUCGUGUAAGUUUGAAGACUUUCGGAUAAAUAUAUCCUGUUAUUUUCUACCGUUUUAUAAUUUAUGAUCAUUUAGAAUUUAAAAGUUUCUAAUCUAAUAGAUUCUCUAUUUGAGUUUGUAAACCUUGUCAGAAUACAGACUUUUGAAUGGAUUAGUUUUUGUUACUAUUGAUUAUUGAUUUGCGAGGAGGGACCACUCCCACUAUUAAAACUUACAUUGGCCAGAGUUGGUGUGCUUUUUUCUUGGUAUAUUUAAUAACGAGAACUCCAACUUAUUUAUCGUUAGCUGAGAUUCCUGCAUUUCAGGGGGCUAGACUAGAUGACUCUUGGGGUCCCUUCCAACUCUGCAACCCUUUGAUAUUAUGAUUCCUCUUUUUUGCUGCCUCAAGCCCUCCAUACAGCCGUCGUGUCGGUCGAGUCGCAGAACGGCUAGCAAAACGGGCUGAAUCUGCCACAAACGCCCCGUUCCUGCGGCCUCGUUCAUGGCGGGCGUUUUAAAGCCUCGUUAAACCGCCGCCGCUUCCCCCAAAGAGUUCUGGGAGAUGUAGUGUAGCCUUCUUAGACUUUACCGACUGGUGGGGUCUGCGUUGCUCCCGGGAGAGAGAAAGGAAGUCAAAUGACACUGAGGUUUGGUUCAGAGAAAGAGUUUAUUCUGCUCUCCGGAUAGCGGAAGGCUAUGUGGUCAGGAUGUAAGAUAAGACCCAGACGUGCCAUCCCUGCUCCACUUGGAACUGGCAAGGCCACCCAUUGCCGUCACGGACUGAUAAAGGAGAGGGCUUUGAGCACUUGUUUAUGCGGCUGGCUUUCUGUUUACACAUUGGCUCAAGAGCUCAAGUUAAUGCAUUUUAGAAAUGCUCCCUUGGAGGAGGAAAAAUGAGGAUUUUGGGUCCCGUUUCAGACUGACUGCACAGAAACCCAUUCCUUCAGUAGUUUGUUAAGGGUGACGAGAUUUCGUUAGGGGGGUGUCCAAAUCCCCUUCCCAGAGCUACCAGCGUGGUUUGAUAAUCAGAUCUGACGAGGAACCCUGGGAAUUGAAACUCCGGGACUCGGCUCUCUCGGCCCACGAGACGCCGGUUCCGAUUCUUGCACCGCAUCGGGGUUCGGCUGGAUGACCUUUGGGGGGUCCCAGCUGUACGAUCCUGUCCCCUCUGACUCCCCCCACCCCAUUUGGUGGCGUUUCUGCUGGAAGGAAGAGAUUGCUCUCCCCACUAACCACAGCUGUCAACGUUUCCCUUUUUAAGGGGCAUUCCCUUAUUCCGAAUAGGAUUCCUCGCAAGAAAAGGGGAAAGUUGACUCUAACCUCUCUUGCUCCCUUCUCCUCCUCCUGCUGCUGCUGCUAUCGCUUUCCCCUCUGUGCUGGUUUCACUUUGCUUUUCUCUGUUUUCAGGGUCACUCUUGACCCCUCUAAGCGCCAGAAUUCUAACAGGUGUGUCUCAGGUUCUCCAAUGCCUCAAGGAUCUAAAAUCAGUAAGUCCGGCUGCCUUUUCUUCUUCCCUGGGGGUGCCGGGGGGAAGCCUUGCCUGCCUGCCUCCAGCCCCUUCCCCUCCUGCCUCCUCCCCACUUGCUCCCGCCCCCAAAAAUCCCAUAAAAGCUUUUGCUUUCUUCUCGCUUGACUAGAAAUCUAGAGAUUCCCCCCAAAAAAGUGUGUUGUUCGGGGCUUAGCUUCUAACACGAGUGCUUGGCGGGGUAGAAGGGGCUCCCCCACUCCACCCCCCACCCCCCGCUUCCAAUCCCGGAAGCCCCUCGGCCCCCUCGAUCCCGGAUGGCUGCGGAAAGGCGCUCUGCACGUUCUCAAAAGCACUCUCUCCCUUACAUUCCAGGUCUGAGCUAAGCUCUAUGGCUCCACCCCCUCCCCGGGAGCUCUUAAGCAAGGCUGGGUAAGAGCCAGGCCAGGAGGAUAGCUGGGCUAGCCGAGAGGUAGCGUGGCGUAGUGGUUAGAGCGGCGGGGAGAGAGAGACCAGGGUUUGAUUCCCCUGCCCGGCCCCGCUUGGCGAUGAAGCUCAGGGCAUGACCCGGGGCCCAGUCGCUGCUAGCCUGCCUCCCAGGGUGGUUGUGGUGGGGGUUAAAUGAGGAGGCGGGAAACAAUGGGGUUGCCGCCUUGAGAAAAAGCCACGCAAGAAAUAAAACAAUAAAUGAAUAAUAGUUUGCACCACACCAUAUCUAAGCAGCGCAGAGGGGCUUGUGAGACUGACCAAAUGCCCCUUUACAUUGUCGACACAAGUUCCGGGCUGGGGAGAAGGCCCUUCUCCCUGAUGCACUGGCUUUCUCCUUGCGGUGCGUUCCCCUCCCCAAGCCCCACCUCGCCUCGCCCCCCCAAAAAAUGCAGUUGGAAGGGAUACAGCCCACACGCAGGAAGAAGAGCCCCCCCCUCCCCGGGGAAGGUCUCUGAUGCAGCCUCACCCCAGCCUUGCAAGGGGGUUGGGCUGGAUGACCUUUGGGGGUCCCAACUCCACAGUUCUGUGGCUCAGCCAGGGAAGGUUUGAGGGUGGGGCUCUUGGUCCCUCCACCUCUCUUCCGGCCCGGGGUUCAAGGCUCCUCCGGCAGCUGGGAAGGAAGAAAGAGCCUGCCCACUCUUUGGUCCACCUCCCCACCCUCGGCCGUGCCUUCUUCAUCGCUCUCCUCUUCUUCCUCUUUCCAGGGUCGCAGACGAACCUGAGAGAAUCAGGGGACCUGCGCUCACAAGGUGGGUACCCAGCUCCCUCACCGUCAGGGCCAUUCAUUCUUUAUUAUUAUUAUUUUUUUAGAGCACAAUUUUUAUUAAUUUAAAAAGGCUACCAGCUUUUAGUACACAGGUGUACAGCAACAGACAAUCUCAUAAAGUUUAGUCAGUUAAAGAGAAAGACUGCAGGGGAGGGUUGUGGGGUUUUCUGAAAGAGUAAGAAGAAAGCAAGAUGAACUAGGAAUGUAUCAAGUUGUUUAAAUCACAGUUCUCCAGAGCUUUUGCUUCAGUUUAAGCAAAACUUAUGCAACUAUACAUUGUGACAUUAUGUUAGGGAAAAUAGGGGAAAACACUAUGGAAAACACUUGUUGCGAAUUCUGACUGGAAGUCAGGGUCAUUCAUUUUUUCGCAGGAAUAUUUGAAGGCCUCUGUGUCAGGGGAAAAUAUAUAUAUAUAUCAACGCAGCUUACAGCAAUGAGAAUAUAAAACCAUGCAAUGAAAACCAAAUUUAAAAAGCUAGAAUCUGAAAUCAGUUACCCAGAGUAGAGGGUAUUCUUCAUUGCCUUGCGUAGGCCUGGCGGAAUAGAGAAAAAUUUCAGCAGGCGUUAGAAAUUUGGCACAGAGAAACUAUUUUCUUCUUUUCUUCUCCUUUUCCUUCUCUUCCUUUUCUCUUCCUUUAUUUUCUUCUCUUCCUUCUGCUUGAUUCUCUUCUGUUUAUCUCCUUUAGUUUGGUUUUCAUUGUAUCUUAUGUUAAAGAUUCUCAAUAGAAUUGAUUUUUAAAGAAAGUUGGCCCGCAAGGCGCCUUCCAAAUCUCUAGUAGCAGAGAGUUCCACAGAACCCGGGCCAGCUCCAAAGCGCAGCUGCCAGCCCACUAAAAAAAAAAGUCAAUUUCCUACAAGUGCAGAACGUGUUAGGCAGCACCUGCCAAACACAGAGGCCAAGCGGGCACAUGUGUGUGUGCCCUAAACUUCUCUCCCUCUGUCAUCAGUGUGCUGAUGACACCCAACUCUAUCUGUUGAUGGAUGGCCAUCCUGACUCGGCCCCAGACACACUGACCAGAUGUUUGGAAGCUGUGACUGGAUGGUUACGUGGGAGCCGGUUGAAGUUAAAUCCUUCCAAGACAGAGGUCCUGUGGCUGGGUCGGGACGAUAUGGGAUUGGGGGGGCAACUCCCAUCUCUUGCGGGGGUGCAAUUAGUGCCAGCACCAUCCGUUAAGAGUUUGGGUGUAAUCUUCGACACCUCCCUUUCCAUGGAGGCUCAGAUUGCAGCUAUAACAAAGGCGGCAUUUUUCCAUCUCCGCCAAGCUAAGCAGUUGGCUCCUCACCUCUCUCACCCUGACCUUGCCACUGUGAUCCACGCGACGGUCACCUCCAGACUGGAUUAUUGUAACUCGCUCUUCGUGGUGCUGCCCUUGAGACUGACCCAGAAACUCCAGCGGGUGCAGAAUGCCGCGGCGAGACUCCUUACGGGGUCCUCGCUGCGAGAUCACAUUCACCCGGUGCUAUACCAGCUGCACUGGCUCCCGGUGGAGUACAGGAUCAAGUUUAAGGUGCUGGUUUUAACCUUUAAAGCCCUAUACGGCCUAGGACCCUUGUACCUACGGGACCGCGUCUCCUGGUAUGUCCCAUGGAGGACCUUACGGUCUUCAAAUAAAAACAUCUUGGAGAUCCUGGGCCACAGGGAGGUUAGGCUGGCCUUGACCAGAGCCAGGGCUUUUUCGGCCGUGGCCCCGAUCUGGUGGAACGCUCUGUCCCAAGAGACUAGGGCCCUACGGGACUUGACAUCUUUCCACAGGGCCUGCAAGACGGAGCUGUUCCACCAGGCCUUUGGCCAAGGCACAGUCUGACCCCCUCCUUUGGUCACCCACACAGAGGUCUGGCCCAAUGGUUGCCAUUAAUUUGAUUUUGAAUUGAUUUUUAGAAUGAAUUGACUUUAGAAUCCUGUGUAAUUUUUAUUGUUGUUAGCCGCUCUGAGCCCGGCUUCGGCUGGGGAGGGCGGGAUAUACCGUAUUUUUUGCUCUAUAAGACUCACUUUUUCCCUCCUAAAAAGUAAGGGGAAAUGUGUGUGCGUCUUAUGGAGCGAAUGCAGGCUGCGCAGCUAUCCCAGAAGCCAGAACAGCAAGAGGGAUCGCUGCUUUCACUGCGCAGCGAUCCCUCUUGCUGUUCUGGCUUCUGAGAUUCAGAAUAUUUUUUUCCUUGUUUUCCUCCUCCAAAAACUAGGUGCGUCUUGUGGUCUGGUGCGUCUUAUAGAGCGAAAAAUACGGUAAAUAAAAUUUUGUUAUUAUUUAUUAUUAUUCUUUCCCCUGCGCAGUUGCAAUCUACCUUGGCAUCAAAAGGAAGCAGAACCCCGGCUGCUCCGAUUUACCUGGAAUGUGAAGCUGACCAGUACCCGCUCGGCCGAGGCCAUUCUUGCUGCCCUCCGCCAGGCCACGGACUCUGCCAGCUGCUGCUGCCGCCAGACGGAGCCCUUCGUCCUCUCCUGCACCCACGAGAAGAGCCCCAGCGAGCACUUCUGCUCCUUUGAGGUGGAGGUGUGUCGCCUGCAGCGCCUGGGCGGCCUCCACGGCGUCCUCUUCCGGCGCCAGGCGGGCACCUCCCUGGCCUUCCGCACCCUGGUGGCUAAAAUCUCGGACCAGCUGCAACUCUAGGCCAGCGGCAGGGGCACAGCGCUGGCUGGUAGGGCUUCCUCCUUCCGCGCCAACCCCACGGGCUGUUGGGGGGCCAGAGAGGGGGCGUGGCCCUCGGACACCCUCUCUGUUGCGUCACCCUGGGGGCUUUCAUCUGGGGCCUGAUCCUGCUGCCUGAUAGGACGAGGAGCUGCUCUUGGGGGUCUCCCACCGGCCUGCCCGCUGCGCUAGGGGCUGUGGGGUUGGGGGAGGGAAAAGAGGGGGGGCGUUGAGGAAAGGGGGUCAUGCUACCACCACCACCGGGGCCGGCCUCACCCUUGCCACCAUACCUGGCCCAAGGAUCGCCUUUAGGGGGGUCCCCGGAUCGCCCCAGGGGGGUCCUCAGCUGCUGCGGGAAUCUAAAAGGGGGAGCUCUCUCUCUCUCGGCCUGCCUCCCUUCCUAAGUUUUUUUGGGGGGGCUUUACUCAGUUAACUAGCAGACGCAUGGCAUGGGGAGCCUUGAAAGCAAAAGGGGGGGUCUUUGGCAAAUUGUGGUGUUGCAGACCCCUCUCCUACCCAGUUUGCCCAUUGCAGGAGAGAGUGUAGGAACUGGGAUCCAUGCAAAGCAGGUCUCUGUCAGAGACCCUUGAGACCUGCCCCCCCCCCCGGGUAUAGGGCAGUAUAUAAAUUCAAUAAAAUAAUAAUAAUAAUUUUGGUCCCCCCCUCCCCGGCUCCCCGCUUCCAUCCAUUGUCAAAUGCUACACCCAGAAGUUGCAAACUUUCCCUCUGGCAAACCACUUUUUUGGAUGGGUGUCUGAAUUCCAGCUCCAUUUUAGUAUUUGGGACACAAUUAUGUCUCUGGCUGAUGCGAAUCCCAGUUCUUUGCGGGGGGGGGGGGGGCGGCUGUUCGAUUGCCAGAGAAGCCAGUGGCCACAAAGCAAAAUCUGCCAAAGUCUUUCUGGAGCAGGGAGGGGGGACCCCGGCCUUUAGCCAAACUUGGGGGGCAAUGUUGCCAAAAGAGGAUAUCCUCUUGCCCAGGCAGUGGUGGUGAGAAACGGGGAGAGUUGGGAGGUCCUGGGGAUGGUGUGACCCCGUCUUGCCGAGGGGCUGGCUUGGCCUACGAGGGCAGUUUUGGGUCCCGGUCGGUGCUCAGCCCCCUGGCUGCAGGAUACGGCGGCAGCCAUUCAACUGGUGCAGCAGCCGGGGUGGUAGAAGGCCGCUGAGCUUCUUCUCCUCUCGGGGAGGGUGGGUUGGGGGUUUGAGUUUUGGCUUCUCCUGUUGAACUUCCCCCGCAGCGCACCAAGGCCUUGAGUGGCGGGCCGGCCCCCUCACCGCCAUUCCCCACCAGCCCCACAUCGCUAGACUAAAAACAACAACAACAACACACAAACACACACACACACUCGCAAACCAGAACCCCGGUGCUGAGACGGCCUUCUGGAGAGGAGGCUGGCACUCCCGGCGGUCGCUUCAAGGGCUCAGAUCCAUCGUCCUGACAGCUGGGGCCCCCGCCAGAGCUGGUGCAACGUUGGGGGGGUUGCGGCUCCCCUCAGGAGGGGAGGGGGCAGCGUCCACCCCCCUCCCCAAAAAGAAAAGUCUGUUUCUCGCACACCGGACAAACUGGCAUUGCACACUGGUUCGGGCACGGCCGCCAUGCUCCCUGCCUUCUCUUCCUCGCCUGGGAAAUGGGCUCAGCGGUGUGGAGGGGGCCUUGCGGCCAGCACCCCCCACAUCCCGGGGCGGAGGAGAGGGGCAGCCUGGUCUCUGGUGGUGGGGCAGCUUGGAGGAGGGGGGUCCCGGCGGAGCUCACGGGCGACAGUGGCGACGCGAAAUCCGGCAGCUCUGGCGGGGAGAAAUAUUGAGUGGGUUUCCUUCCUCCUGCCCCCUUUCCCCCCUUGCUCCUUUCGCCUCACCCCACUUCUUUACACUGGGUCCCCCUGCUGUGACCUCUCCCCCUUCCUCCCGGACCCUGCCUCUUUGGGCGCACACCCCUCCCCAUCUGUACAGACUCCCCUGUAAAUAAUUGUCCGGUUAGCCCCCGUUAUCAUUGGGUUAGCGAUAUUAUUAAAUGAGCCCACCCUUUAGCCUUGGGACGAUUGUAAGUUAUUCCGGACCCAGAGCGACAGUUCUGUACCAAACCCUUAAUAAACGUAGAAAGCCUCCGCCCGUCGUCUUCUCUGCCUCGUCCACUCCUGAGCCGCUUCUCUCAUCCGUGGGGGUGGAAUGGGGCUCGAAACGGCCCUUCGUGGAAACUGAAGGGAAACCCAAAGGUCAUCCAGCCCAACCCCACUUCUCAACGGAGAGGUAGAAUCCGUGGAACUCGUACCCUGUGUGUGCCUGAGGAGGUGUGUCUCUCUGUGUGUUUGUGUGUUGGGAUCACUCGGUUUUGAGAGCAGCCCUCUGCCCAUGUUCAGAGGUGCUCUGCUUCCUUCUCGUAUUUGGCGUGGGGGGGUUUGAAACAGAACUCUGAUUCCAAGGAGUGCCUGAGAAGGACCUAGAUAGGCUUCUCUUUUUGCCCUUCUAUGUCGGGGUACACUGCUCCUCUCAGUGGAGGCUCCACUGAACCAUUGCAGCUACAAUAACCCCCAAGAGGCGGAUGUGUGUUAAAACCACUUCUAAAGAUGUCUCAGCCGGUGC